AUGCACGUCGAGUUGGACGGCGGUGGCGGCGGUGCGUCUCCGUGGGCCGCCGCCGCGGUACUCGGACACCACCACCACGGCCCCGCGGAUCACCGCCACCACCACCACCACCACCACCAUCACCCACUACACCCCGCCGCGGCCGCUGCCGCCGCCGUCAACGGUUUUCACCCUCAUCCGGCCCACACGCCGAUGGACUUGCACGUGCCCCAACCGUUCCCGUACUACAGGUUGGUCAUAAUGUCGAAACGAUUUUUACUGUUUUCUUUUCAAAAUUUAAGUACACUUUCGCCUUCGUAAUAUACCUUUGGUCCGAAUAAGGCACGGUAACCGUGCGACGACGACAAUCAUGUACGCUUUCCCCCGAGUACAACGUUACGUUUCGUCCGUUACAACAACAUAAGAUACGAUAAAAACACGGGUAUGUCUAUAUCUAUCAUACCCACCGCGAAAACAAAUGUUCAUUUUUUUACAUUUUUCAAUUUAUUCGCAAAUAAUCAAACCGCAAUCAAUAUUGUUAUUUAAAUUAUUUGCCCCGUGCAUCUGUGUUAGAUUGCGAUAGAUAAUCUAAUAACUAAUCUAACGUUGCACCGUAUAAUUUAUUUAUUUGUUUUUUUAAUUAUGAAUAAAGGCUUCGGCUGCUGGGUCGUUAGCCAACAAAGUUUGUAAAAGUUCUAUGUUAUGCAUAGGUAUUGUUUUACGUGCAAACACAAUUUCAAAGAACAUAAUGAAAUGUGCAUGUUAUGAUAUAUUAUCGUAAUCCAUAUUAUCUAUAGAUUUCACUGCGUCACAAUAAUAGGUUUCUUUAUAGUGAUAUAAGAAAAUAAAUAAAUACAGCAAACCUAUUACUUAGAAUAGUUAAUAUUUUUAUUUUUUAGUUAUCUGUUAGUACAAAUUUCAAUACUGCAUUAAAGAUAUAAUAAUAUUAAUUGCGGUUGAUAAAUUGAAUACUUUAUUAAAUUCAUUUUGCGAUGUAGACAAAAAAAUAUAUUAAAUUUAAUAAUAUAAAUUGUAUAUCUCUACUGCGUAUACCUACAUACUGAUGGUAUAAUUCAUAAAUUAUUAUUUCAUAUAAUAUGAACAAAUAUAUUAAUUAAAUACUCGGUCGAUUGUAACGGUAUAAAAACUGAUACUUAAAUAAUACGUAUUAAAAAUGUAAAAAUCGUCAAUCGGAAUGCACUAUAUUAUGGGUAAGUGCCUAAUACGCAUGCUUUGAAGUCUUCUCGUUUCUCCGUAGAAAACAUAUUGUGGCGUUGAACUAUUUUUAAAACGGGAAUACAUUUAUAAGUACAUAAUCACAUCUAACAAUUAUUUUUGUGUAGCCUAUGGUUACAUCUAAACUAAAUUAUUUAAUUUGUACAAUUUGAAACUCGUGGGAUAAUUAAAGAAGAAUAAAUAAUAAUAACAAAAGAAGAAUUUUUUUUUUUUUUAAUAAUUUUUAGUCUAAAAAUCAAACUUUUUAAAAAUUUAAAUGCUAUUUUCCGUUCUACACAAUAGCUAAAGAAGUUCCCUUCAAACAAUAGCAAUAUAAACCAUAAUUAUAUAUAAUAUACGUAUAUACAAUCGGUUUUCCAACAAUGCUUUUACUGUUGAAUAUUACUCAAUUUGAAUUUUUUGAUGCUGAAAAUUGUAAAUACUUGUAAUCAUUGACAAAAUUAUGGCAUUUAGUCUAUACUUAUGCGCUAUACAUAUAUAUAUAUAUAUAUAUACAUAUACAUAUGUAUGUAUUAUACAGUACCUAGGUAUACCUGUGAUGGCUAUGUAUCAUAAAUAUAUAACUAUAAUACUUAGGUACUGUGUUUCUUAAACAUAUAAGCCAAUAAAUUUUGUCAAUGCAUUUGGUCUAAGAGAUUACAAUACAUAAUGUGUAUCUGAUGGAAACUAUUUAUAAUUUCGUAGUCGACGAUAUUAUUUUUUCUAACCUGACUUCAAAUACUCAUCUAAAAUAUACGAAAUAACGAAUUUGAAAACUUGCAAUUCAAAAUCAAUAAACACCCGUAAAUUAUAAAUUACAAAUAAUUCGAUAUAAUUGUUUAGAAAUAUUUACAGUAUUGCAACUAGACUAUGUUUGUCUAUGGACAUUUUAAUAUCGUAUUAUUUCUAUACGUGUAGACUACUGUCGUUCGAAAAUCAAAGGUAUUGGUAGUGGUUUUACCACCAAACAUAAGGGUGAAAAAAAUAAAGUAUUAUAAAAUAAAUGUAACAUUUCAAAACCAUGAAUAUUUUACAUUUUCCAAAAUUUCUUCGAAAUUCCGAAAACAAUUUAACACUUUCGGAGGUUACGAAUGUCUCGCGAAAAAUUACCAAAUAAAUAACAAUAUUCAAGUAGCUAGUAGAUGCUACAAAACAUAUCAAAUACAUUAUGAACGUUUGUAUAAGAAAUCAGAUAUUAUAAUAUCAUUAAAUUAGUUUAUUUGGAAACAAUUGCAUUUGAACAAAUUUAAUCUAUUCAAAGUAUGUAUAGAUGUCUAGUUUUAAACGUAAUUUUUGAUGAUGUUAACGCGUUUAUAAUAUAAAAAAUAAACUUAAAAAUUCCCGUGACGGUAUGAGUAUAAUAUAUUUAGAUUUGCGAUGUACGAUUACCUAUUUCAAUAAUGGCGGGAAAUAUCAAUUCGACAUGGUUUACCCCUAUGUAUUGUGUGAAACUAAUUUGUUAGGCACCUGUACAACAAUUCUGAGUAAAGUAGAUAACUCACUUUUUUACUUCCAGAUGCUAAAAAAAAAUAAUCAGUUCUGAAUUGAACACAAAUGUAUAGAUACCUACCUACCUCUAUGCUAUUUUACAAGGUAAUGUAUUUUGUUUGUUUACACAUAGUGAAUAUUAUAUAUCGUACGUAUGACGCGUAUAAUAUUUACGUAGUAUUAAUAAAAUAAAUAUUCUCGCAUAUUAUCGUUAUAAUAUCCUCUUGCUCAAUAAGAAAUAUUAAACAUUUUUGUGUCGUUUUAAUAAUAAUUGCGAAAACCCCGGAAAACGUACGAAAGACAUGUGGAAAACGUAUGGCAUUACCGGUUAUAUUAUUUUAGAUUUUCACUCAGGUUGAGAAUAACCGUUGAGACUUGAAAACUUACAUUAGCCUUUUCUAGACGUGGUAACAUUUUUAAACCAUACUUUUAUAUCUUACUAUGGUUGUCCCGCGCCUGGCGUUGCCCAUGCCAUUUUUUUUUUUUUAUUAUUUUCAUCUUUAAUCUCUGUUUGCUAGCUUGCUCGUAUCAGUUUUAUCUCAUACGAAAAAAAAAAAUUAGAUAAAAUGUGGGUAGUCCGCCUAUAGUGUUUUAUUGUGUCACACAUUUUUCAUCCGUGUCACCAUAGAUACGCGCACAUCAUAGGGAUUAAACUAUAAUAUCCAUUAUAAUAACAUCAAAAUUAUGAGAAUAUAAUAUUAUAUAUUACUGUACGGUGUUGUUACUGUACCGACAAAUACAAAGAUUCAUAGGCGACGUGUCACGUGUUGUCACUUUUCACUUACCCACUCAGUACAGUGCAUAGUUCGUUUUUUUUUUUUUAAUUUCAUCCUUGUUACUAAGUUAAUUCAUAAUUCAACAAAAAUAGCUUAAUUUUCGGACCAAAAUACUUUUUGUAUACAAAAAAUACAAAAAGUUUUUCAUCCCUUUUAAGUAUUAAUAUCAUGACAAAAAUAGCCUAUGUUUGUUUUUCACCAACGCCCCAUAUACCUCUAUACCAAAAUUCAUCGAAAUUGGUUCAGCGGUUUAGACGUGAAAACGUAACAGACAAACUUACUUUCACAUUUAUAAUAUUAAUUUGGAAGGAUUAUAGGUGUUUGAUAUUUUCUAGUAUUUUAGUUUUUAUUCAGUAGAAAUAUGGAUAAAAGUGUUUGAUUGAACAGAAAUGCUUACAAUGAAUCAAUCAUGAGAGCGUGAGGUCCACUAUAAGUUGUACCAAUAAGUAUUCAAAGAAAAAACAUAAUUUUAGCGUAUUGUAGUAGUUUUUUUUUUUUUUUAAACGUUUUAAAGUCAAAUCUCGACGAAAAUCGUAAAAGUUACGGCAUUUCAAAACUUCGCUCAGAACCGCUUUUCGUUAAUUAUGGACUAUCGUUGAAUAUAAAUAAAACAAUUGUGUGUACCAUACUUUGCCAACUUCCCACUGACCACCGUGCCACAUCCAUCCGCAGUAUCGGCUUUGUUUUUCCUCACACUUUUUCUAAAGUACACGCUGCUACAGUUGUUAGUUUACACACGGACGUAACAAUACGAUGGUUUUAGAAAGCCCAAGUGACGUUAAAAACAUGUGUUACGCAUGUAGCAUGGAAAUCCUACGUGGCGUUUAUUAGCAAAUCGUACGAUGCAAACCCUACGCGGCGUGAUGAUCAAAGAUCUACUUUUUUACCCCGGUACUUGUCUAUGCACGCACGUUAUUUAAUAUUUGUUAAUGUGCGGGAUUCGUUUUUUUUUUUAAUCUAACUAAUUAAUGACAAAUGACAAACAGUGGGUAGCGGCAACCGUUGGAUCGAAACGGGAACGGACAAACAAAGAAAACGAAAGAAAAAAAAAAAACAUUAUAGGCGAUCUUAACUAUAGGUACAUAUAUGUUUAUACUUACAUCGUCUGUAGUGAAUGUAUAGUGGUAUUAUCGUGCAGGUACUUAAUCGGAGCGACGUAAGACGUUUUUGUUCUUUCUGAAAACAUUGAAUAGAUAUUUGCGUAUAUUUCUCUUGUUAUACGUGUUAUGCGCAUAGGUUUUCGUACAAGCAUAUAAAUUUGAUUCGAUGUACGGGUACACCGGGUAGUUACUAUAUUGGCUAGGUAUUAUUUUAAACUCCGGUCCGAGUAUUGUUUUUACCACGAUAUGUUUUUUUUUUACCGGUAAAUACAUUUUUUUUUUUUUUUUUUUAAACGGGUAAACGUAGCCGAUAAAAUUCUUGCCGUAAUAACCCGUUUAAAUCGAGGCAUUUUAAUACUGCGGGUUUUAUUCAUGGCCCAUACCUAAUGAAUUAUUUAACGUUUAAUAUGUGCACGAGUAUACAAUAUUACUUAAUACGCAUACCUAUAUUUUGAACGAAAUCGUUUUACUCAAACUUAGAAAUAUUUAAUUUUCGACGAUUUACAGAAGGGGAAAAGUGUAGUUGAAAUGUUAAUAUCGGGCAAAUUUAAAAUCUAUCCUAAUAGGAACCAAUACUGGUACAACACUAGAAAUACAAAAAAUAAUAAUAUAUUAAAUAGUAAUUAUACGGAGCAUCCGUGUUCGGGUUCCGAUAAGCUUUCGGUAGAUUAUUGGUCUUAAUGCAGGAGAACAGAAAAUGGAAACCGUUCACAGAAAACGCCGUGCAGCAUUUAAAAAGGAAAAAUAAACCAGGACUUAUGUAAACUCAAACUAACCGAAUAAUUUUGAAUCUUCUUUAGGAAUGUGUACCGAGCCUACGGGUGUAUAAGAAAAAAACCGAAUAAACGCAUACACAUAGAGUGCAAUGUAAAUCGCCUUGAAUUGAUUCUUUACACCAAUUACAAUCGUUAUUUGCCGAUUAUUACUCAUAGACCACUUAUAAGCUGUACAGACGCUGUCUAGUUAAUUUGUCUACAUAUUUAAUUUGAACGCAAACCGGUUUAUUAUUUUUUUAUACCGUACAGCUUCGAAAUAAUAUUACCUAUUACAUGCGUUGUCGUUGCACCGUGAAAACGUCAUAUCACUACCUACAUAAUAAUAACAGAUAGGAAAAAAAAAACUAAUAAUAAUUAUUAUAUUUUUUUUUUUUUUUAAUUUUAUAAUCAUAAUAUCACCUAAAAGCAAUAUAUGUACGUGGACGCUAUAUACCAAGUACCGCCUACCGGGUAAUAGGGUUGGAGAGUUAUUUUUUUUUUUCAUUACAAACCGAUGUGGGAGCAAAGGAACACAUAAAAAAGUAGUAUCAAAAUUAUUGGGUUGCGGUCGCCGUAAUGUCCUUGAUGACCUUCGAAGGGAUAUUGGAAUAUGCUUUUCGUAUAUUAUUCGAAUCGAAGUUAUUAUUUUUUUAGUUUUUUUUUUUUUUUUUUUUUUUUUUUUGUUUAGAACAAAAAUAUUUGUAUCUCUAUACAUACUAAUGCCAUUGCGGUUUCGUAUACGUAAUAUAAAUUUAGGGUGUAUAUUGACCAUUAUUAAAGAACAAACUAUGUCUACCGAAUUCGUUAACAUAUAAAAUAUGCCGUACUUUCGAUCGUCUUAUUAUGUCCUCCGUAUUCGUGAAUUCUAUACGAAUUCGAAAUCGUCAAUUCCCGCGCCGUUGAGCGCCUACUGGAUGCGGAACGUAUUUCGGAUUACUGUAAACGUGUAUAAACGGAUGGCGCAUGACAAAAACCGUUUAAUGUGGGCGAGCGUGUACAUUAACAAUCGAACGGGUUAAUAGUUCGUGUUACGGUAUGCGGUUUAGAGGUCUCGUUUGACAACGAUUCGAAUCGGCAACACGCGAAAACGUCAAACGUCCGUGUAAACGCCAAUGAAAAGACGUGUACUUUUACUCAGUACACGUGAACGUACCGUCCGCGUUCGGCCGUUCGCGUGUGUUUUUCAGUGCGAUUCCCGCGAUCACGCCGCGCAUGAGAUUACGUGAAUACACGCGUGCACACGGAUCUUUUAACCAACGUCGGUAAGCACGCGCGCACGCGAAACAGAGAGCUCUGUAGCGUAGUCAUAGUAGUUGUCCGAUUAUUCGUACUGCGGGUGGACAAUAUUUUCGGGGGCGCGUGUGUGGGAAAACGACCGAAUACAAAGGCUAUGUACGCAAUUGUUUUGGACGACGAUAUAGAGAGAGAAAAAAAAAAAAAUAACAAUACAAAUAUAAAAGUAAAUACGUUGUAACUAAUCGAAACGUAACCUGUGGAAUUCGGCGGUGUUUUUCUUGGAGUGUUUUCUGAAAAAAUAUAUUAACUGUUUGUUAAUUUAGUAAUUAGAAGAUACCUGUAUCGUUCAGUAUUCGAAUGUUAUACACUUACGCUUGAUUGUAGAUUUUCAGUAUUUAAACGUAGACUAUAGGUAGUUUUUCGUUCGAAUUAUCGCCGUCAAAGACCGUGUUGACUGAAAAUGGAUUUUUUUUUUUUUCUCAACGCAUAUUAUAAUAGAACAAUAUAUUAUAUACGAUACGGUACGAUAGAAACGUAGGUACAUUUAGUUUUCAAACUGUGUAUUUCUCCUCUUAAAAAAGAUGAAUUCGGUCAACGCGUACCCGAAUAAGUAGUCGAUAUCGCAUAGUUCACGCAUCAUCGGUAUACUUGAUAUUAUAAUAAUAACGUUCAAACGUUUGAAAUGUUUUUAAUUUAUUUUAUUAAAAUGACUAUAUUGAUAACGAUAUUGCGUCAUUACGGUUUUGUUUUUACACGCAUCUAGCGAAAAAGAAUUGUUUGCGUGUGGUGCACAGCUAAAUCUACGGCACGCGCGUGCGCAUUGUUAACAUUUUUUACGGGGGUCCGACAACAGACGUCAAAAGUGGAUUUUUUAAAUUGAAAUUUCUAAACGAGUGUCGAGUUGCCGAGUCCUCAUGCUUAAAUUUUUGAUUUUGAACACCCACUGGAGUUAAAAUUCAUUUUUUUUUUUUUUUUUUUUAAUUUAAAGUUUUCCUUGAAAAACAAAAACGAUACUAUCGUUGUGGCAUCGCCUCAUACGCUUAAAUUUUUUAACGAACGGUUUUAAUACAAAAACUGUUUCGAAAUUUCGUGUUUUGCAGUAAAAACGAAUUUGUAUAUUAUAUACGUACUAGCCGCCAGGUAUUUUUUAUUGUCUAUUUAUAGGUGCAGAUAAAAGUUAUUAUUUUUGGAUCCGUACCUAUACUACGACCGCUGUCGUCGCAGCGUAGCAUAAAUCCGCUGAAGAUUGACAAGCUUUGCCCGUUGACAGGUAGUCGCUCCACAUUCCAGCAUAUUUAUGCGCUCUUUGUUCAUCGGAGCACUCUCAUUCACAAACGGAAACGGCUAAAGGAAUAAGAAUGAAAAAACAAAACGAAAAAAAAAAAUAAACGUAUAUACACACACACACAGGUACCUACCUACGAUGUAUUUUACAAAUACCAAUAAUUGACUACAUUAGAGUCGAAACUCGAGGUUCCUCUCCGUAUAUAUUGAAAACGGUCAUUGUUCAAUGAAAACCGAUUCAGUAAACUCGGUUUUAUGUAUACGUUAAACCGGCUGAAAAACCAGACACGUAAAGUUUGUCGUUAAUCGUUCGCGUACGGGUCGUCUGGACGUGUAGGCAUAUAUUAUCGGGUACAUUCGAGUUAAUCGGCGGAACCACGUGCAUUCGUAUUAAACAGUGUUCGCGCAAUACACUAUCACGCGACGACAAUCCAUAGGCCUUUUCUUGCAGCGUUUGUUUUGCAGUUUUAACGGUUUUACAGCAGACACCGGUCGAAAUGUAUUGCGAACGUCACAGCCGGCAGGGUGUAUAGCCCUAGAGGUAUUUCUAAAACGUUAUUGUACAUCAUCCGCGGAUUGUCUCUAACACGUGAUGAAUACGUCGCUGUUAUAGAUUCGAAUUGUUCUAAUGGUAUAAUAUCAAACACCGCAGACUCGUAUUACACAUUUAUACUAUUGACCGAGGCCAACUCAAAACAAUACGCCCUUGCCAUAGUGCAAAGCGCAAAUGCCAUUAUUGUGCACAAAUCGUGUAUUUGCUUUCUUGUAGUCCGUAAAAUAAAUUUAAAACGUUUACACGGACACAUUCAACGCGUUAAAAAAUAUCUAAAUCCAAAUGCAUUGAUACACACGGGUAUAAAGUGUAUAACCAGUUACCGCUCCAACGAACGCCUUUCCUUUUUUCACCAAUACGCGUUUCCGUUAUAACCGCUCCCCUUGUCGUUUUUUUACUAAUUGAACUCAUUUUGACACCGGGGCCGCUGUUAGUGUCCUUUUCCCUCGGUUUACAUACAAAUGUAUUCUCGUCAUGAUAUUCGAUACGUACUCUUACGUACGUUAAUAAUACGUUACGCACUCGUAAACGUUUUUAUUGGCUGUAUCCUCCACCCUGGUCGUUGAAAAACACUGUAGAUCCGAACCUGACACUGGUCCGAGUAAGUCAGUGUCCUAAGUGUACACCUAAAAUCCAGUCGAAAAUGACGGCGAACGCGGUUGGCGGAAAAGGUAAAGGUUCAUUUCGACGGAAACUGGUUCCGUCGCGGCGCGAGCACGUCAUAAUUUUGAAAACUCCACGCGAAAAACAACAAUACAUUAUACGGAUUCGGAUACAGAAAACGGUUUAUCAGUUUAUCGAAACGGUAUAUGGUUGAAACUUUGAAUUGUGUGCUCGUCUGCGAAUAUCUAUAGGCGUCUACUGUAUUCUUUUUCUGGUUAGUGUUUUUUUUUUUUUUCUCAAUUGCCGUUUCGGAAGAAAUUUUAUACUCGCACGUGCACCUCGGGUUUCGUUGUAAACUAACACGUCGAGUGUAACCUGUACAUAAAUGUAUAAAAUUAAUGAAAAUGGAACAUUUAAAACUCGAAUCAUAAUUCAACCACUACGGUUACACCGGAUAAGUCGCGGGGAUCGGAAAACGUUGUAACGCCCGCGGUUUUUAUUUGUUAAAACCGAAACGUCGGAACGGUAAACGGAAUCGCAUUAUUUUUUUAUUGUUAACAUUUAUUAGACAAAAUUACGCGCUUGUUUUAAACGAUUCACGUUUUCACAAUUAAAAAGCCACGGGAGAACAGUAGGCGUACGCACGCAACACACAUACCGGUAUAAUAUUAUAGCCGUACAAACCGUUUCACGCGACUUGAAGUGUGUGGGUAUUGCAGCACGUUAUUCAAACGUCUUUUGAAAUAUUAAACCGUUUUUUUUUUUUUUCAAAGUGCAGUUUCGUGUAAAAAAAAAAAAAAAAAAAAACAAUAUUUACACACAUACACACUCAGCCGUCUGCAGUCUGCCCAAACAUUUUCAUAGCUCGGUGUUAUCCGAUUUCUCUCUCCGAGACGGGUACCGUAAUUUGCAUUGGCGUCGCGUUUAAUUUUUACCGUCAAUUGUUUUCCCGUCGCUCUUGGACAUUUUCAGCGGCUUUUCCGAGACCGAACGAGUCCGAAUUCAAGGAUUAGAGUUGCUUCGUCGGCCGACCGCGGACCGAGUUCGGUCGAACCGGAAACGCGCGUUUCCGGAAAAUUCGACCCGUAAACGAACGAUUAAUUCGGAACGCCGGCCCGCCUGGAAACGCGUCGUCCGAUUACCGUUGUAAUCGGUUCACCGGUGCGCCGCGGCCGCCGUUUCGCGUAUCGCACCGUGUCGGUUUAACAACAUUGAAAAUUAACGUGAAAAUUCGCGAAAAACUACACACGUUCGCAUACUUCCGUCGUUACACACAUCUCUGCGUUUAAAUGUACAACACAUUAUCGUAUUAUUAUAUCAUUGAAAUGUCGCCGCGGACAUUGAAGAAUUCCGAGUCGACUGCGGGUCCGUAAUGUUCAUUUCGCGCGUAAUAAAUCAAAGAUUUUCGUCCACCGUAACACCCGCGCGCGCGCGCGGAUGCGCAUGCCCGUCGGAGGGUGUAAAAGUCCGUCUCUAGCCGCGCGCGCGUUUAUAUCGGGUGACAAUACCGUGCGCCGCGGUCUCGUACGUUCGCAACAGCCCCCGCGCAUCGUCCGCGUCCCGGUCACCCCGCUCCCGUACGUAUACACACACACAUAUAUAUAUAUAUAUUUAAAAAGCUUUUCGCUGUAAUACUGGCGCGCGCGCGCGGAAAAGCUGCGGAUGAUUUGUGUGGAAUUCGUGUCGGGUUUAUUAGAGUCGGCCGUUCUCCCGUCCCGCCUUCGGGACCCGGGCACACUGACGGACGGGCGGUUAGGGGAGGGAGGGGGGGGCGGGUGUUCGCUCCGGAUCUGACUUUCGACAAUCGUCCCCUCCCGUCCCAGCCCAUCCCGUCCCCUUCACACUCGUACACGCACGUCCCGCCGCCGCUGCCGUCGUGUCGUCGUCGCCGCCGCCGUCGAUCCAAUAUUAUUUACGACGUCUAAUAAUAAUCCCUACGCGGUCCCGCGGCACGUUCGGCUCUGUCCGCGGUCUUCUUUUCCCCCAUACCCCCUCCCCCUACCCCUCCGUAUAGUGCCGCCGCGGCUUAUCCUACACGACCGGCGUUAUUGCCGCGCGCAAUAAUUUCGUCCGUCUUCCACGAUCGCUCGGAUGUGAUAAUGAUAAUUUUAAAAAAAAAACUCGCUUUACGAGUACCGUUUUCGCGCGUUUAACGACCGGGUAUUUUCGAAAUUUCGUCGUCACGAAAUGUUUUCCGAUUCGCCGGCCUCCAGCUGUCGCGUUAUUGCGGCGGUAUAGGUAUUUGCGUUCGCGUGAAAUUGUUCGGCCAGCGAAAUGGUCGCCGCGACGUAUUGCGGUCGAGACGAGACAUACGGUUCGGGUUUAUAUUAGGGAGGCUCCGCGGGGGGGAGGGGGAGGAGGAGGGGGAAAGGACUGCGUCUAAUUUGAAGACGGCCGAACAAUAAUAUUAUUGUAUUGCAUAUUAUUAUUAUUAUUAUUGUUGUUGUUAUUAUUUGAAAUCGGCUUUCUCGCUUCUAAUCUCGCCGUUUCACACUUUAUUAAUUUCGAUUUAUCUAGGGGACCGAAAAAAAAAAAUAAAAACACGCGUUUUCUUCGGACUACAGAGGUUUUCUCUGGGGGAUCGAACGUUUAGUCAAACGAAGUUUAUCGAAUUAUCGACGGUCGACUGUAUUUCAUUGUCCGGGCGAUAACGCAGUUUUAGUAGACUCGUGUUGUGUCUUAUGAUGUAUGCUUUUUUUCCUCCUGCCAGAUGAGCACAGUAGCCAGGUUUUGAGAAAUUUAACGAAUUUCAAGAUAUUUUACACGUCCGAGAAAAUAAAUUCAUUGUUGCCAUACAUAAUAGGUUAAAACUUACAGCCAGUACCUAUAAGAGUUAAGACCAGUGGCCUUGUGGUAUCGAUGGCCGAUAAACGUCGAACGUUUCUUUUAAGUUCGCGAUUUUACCGGUUAUAUCGAAUCGUUAUCAAACGAUCAAACAUUACAUAGUUAUUUAAUUUAUAUUCUCGUUCUAAAUCUCUUGACUGCUCUCCUACCGUAUGUUUAAUGUGACCUUCCUAAAUGUGGGCUUUAAAAAUGAAGACAUUUCACUACUGUUUUAUAUUCGCUGGGCCAAAAAUUGUACAUUCGCGUUAUGUAUAUUUUGUCUCUACACAAACCUGAAAUUCUCACAGAAUAUCCGUAUUAGAUUUUCUAGUGUAAAAAUUUAAAAAAAAAACAUUCGGCGAUUUCAUGAGCUAUUUGAAAUCGUUAGUUUUGUUUGUUUUCCAGUGGAAAAAAUAUGUGUGUAUUAUGAUAAUAAAUAUACGACGCGAUAAAAAAACACGUUUAAACCCAAACUUCGCCCAGAAUCGUUUUUCGAUAGCAACGAUUCACAGUUACGCACAGAUACAAUUCAUAUCACCUUAUAUAUGUUACGUUUCCUACUUGUUUUUUUAUUUUCCGUAUUAUUAUUUAUGGACGUUAAACUUUGUAAAUUAUCAUUUCGUACGCCGUACAGCUGUGAUACGUUUCAUAUUGCGGCAAUCGCUAUUAAUUACCACAUGUUGUUAAAACAGAUUCACCGCAGUCUAAAGCCAAUAUUCGAACACAAUAAUAAUGUUUGACAUUAUCAUACUACGCGCAGCAAGUUUUACGAUAGAAAUCACAAGUAACCCGUUACUUACAAAUAAUAAUAAUAAAAGACAAAAAAUGAGUUUUACAAUCAGCAGUAGCUGAACCGCAGCAUUACAAUCUGGGGUAUCUAUACCAUUGGAUAUACAAAACGUACUGGUAACAAUAUUAUACUCGUACAUUCGUUUAUAUUCAUUUUUUAUCGUUGCGUCGUACACAACACUGUAUGGCCUCUUAUAUCUUUUUCUCGUUUUUUUUUUUUUUUUUUUAAACUUAUCAGAUAUACAAUAUUCGGUAUUACUCUCCGUGUUUUAAUGUGCAUUUCAUGAUAAUUAUUUUGUCACACGAUAUCUACAGCGGGAUAGCCAGCCGACGAUAAUUCAUACCACCCCGUGUAUCUACACAUCGUUCCAUAAACCAUCGCGUAUAUUAUACAUGUGGAGUUUAAAAAAAAUACAGAAAACAAAACUGUGACACUUUUUAUUAUAUUCUUAACGGCGCAUGGUAUCCCGGUGCAAUAUAAAUUUUCGUUUUAUACCUAAAAAAACAAAACAAUAAAAAAAAAAAAAAAAACAAAAAAAAAAUAUCGCCUAAGCAAUAACUGCCGCGGUAAUAAUAAUAUCAUCAUUGUUAUUACCCUACCGCAGACGCGGUUGACCAUCAGAUAAAAAACAAAAGGGGACGAAAUCCCCGCGGGUAUAAUUUUUUUUCCACCGAUUAUAGGUUUAUAUAUAUACGUGCGGUGUGUCUACCUAUAAUAGAUAAUAUCUAUAGCGGGCAAUGAAUAUGUCAACACGAAUUGCGUCUUGUAAUAACUGCAGUGCGUGUUUUUUUUUUUUUUUAACUUACUAGAUACUUACUGGACUAGUUUAUAGUUAUACCUCCGAUCUUAGACCAGAAUGCUUUUAACGUAUCAAUUCUAGACUGAAAACACUUGGCGUACGAUAGUCUAAAUAUAAUUACAUUGAACGUCCAGUCAAAUUUAAAAUCGUACUUCGUAAUUAUUAUCCUCAUAUUGAUAAAAAAAAUGUGUUUAUUUUUUUUUUUCCAAUCGAAAUUUACUACAGGCGAUACUAUUCAUUACAAACUGUUAUAUUUCGGCGGUUACUUUUUAAAAUCCAAAAUCCAUCCGAAUUUUCUACAAUACAAUGGUCAUUGGUCAGGUUAUCGGUGCAGCGAUAAUGCGUGCACACGCGAUUAACCACGAGACUCUAGACGACAACGUAUUGAACAAAAAAAAAAAUAAAUAUUAAACGCCGAUGAAAUAGAAGAAAUAAAUCGAAAUAAUCGUUGUUAAUUGGAGUAGUUUUUAAAUGUGAAAGCGGAGCUUUUCAAAUCGCGCGUAUAUAAAAAAAAAAAAAAAAAAAAAAAAAAAAAAUUAAAACACUAAUCGCGUGACACUGUAAUAAUAAUAUCAAACAUUUUUCGACGUGCAAAUCGAUAGGUUUUUGGUUGGUUAUUCCAUUCUAUGAUGAUAUCAACAGUUCGGUAGCGUUUAUUAUCGCGAAAAUACCGGUUGAAUAUAAUCUUUGUUUUCCCUUUUCCUAUCGGCUUCCAUAGUAUUAUCAUUCCAUAGCUGUCGACCGCAUACACACACGCAAUUUGCUACAUCUUUAAAUUUAUUACCCGCUUACCGUCAAGUUGUUUCGACUUUAUUUUUUUUUUUUUUUUUUUUUUUUUUUUUACACGCAUAACACCGUUCUUUAUCGAGCACAUACGUCCGCUAUAACUGGGAAUCUUUAUUUCCGCAAUUUAUUUUACUUUUAACGAUGUAUGAUUUGCGCAAUAUUAUUGUUCGGAGUUUAAUUUUUAUAAUAAUUCGACUUUCAAAAAAUACCAUACUGUUUUGAAUGUUUUUUUUUUUUUUUAAAUUAUUUACACACUCCGCCGAUACGAUAUAAUUCUCCUUAUAAUCGUUAAGCGUAGAUUCAUGGUCACGGUACGGCAUGGAGUAGCCUUCACGUCUAUCGGCAAAGCAAAAAAAAAAAAAAAAAUGAUUUAAUGAACGUUAAUCUUUUCACUAUUUUUUAUUCGAGUAUUCGUAUAUAAUAAAAGUAUUGAGAUUAUAAAAAAAAAAAACAACUUUAUUUUGGAGUAAUUGAAUUAUUAUAAUUUGCCUGUUCAAAUCAUUUCCAAAUGGAUUUUGUAGAACACCAUACAGCGUUUAAAUCAUUUUUUUUUUUUUUUAACCAGACGAACACAGAAUGCAAUAGUCGGUAUGAAACAUAAUAUUAUGACAAGUUUAUGAAUUAUGAUUACAAUUUAAUUCAAAUAAACAGCGUUAUUUUAUUACUGAUAUUGUGUACCUACCGUGUGUUUUGAAAUUUUUAUAAUUACCUACUCGGUUGUUCGUCGUAUCAUUACGCAGCGACUUUCGUUUGGGCCAAUUACCUGUAUUUAUUUAUCGUAAAACAGAUAGCGAAAUGUUAAUUUUAUAAUACGCUAUGAUUUUUAACAUCGAAUUCAAAAUGAUAAAACACGAUAAUAGGCUGUUGAACCGUUAGAAACACGGGCAAUGGAAAUUAAUAAAAAUGUUUAUUAUCGAAAACAAUAAUAACGGACAUUUUGCGUUUUUACAAGACUACACUUCAUUAUCGAAUCGUCUUCUAAAUCCUAAAUUUUAAUAUUUUAUUCGCGACAUUUCUUUUGAAAUACGAAUGACGACCGCGAUUGGUUAUAAUAAUAACAAAUUUAGUAAUUCAUCGUCGUUCGAGAUAGAAAAAAAAAAUUACUUUAGUUUUACAAAAAAUAUUAAAAGUUAAUAAUUACUUUUAUGAUGGUUCUAUUAGCGACUGGUGCGUAAUUACCUUAUAUAUUUUGUUUUAUGAAUAAAUUAUCGAAAAUUAAUUUGAAACCGGUUCUAAUAACAAGGUACUGUUAUGCUACGCACAGCCGUGUUUUGUGCUAUUGAAUGCGUUUUUCAAAACCGAAUUUCAAUAUUUCAUUAUUAUUAAUCAAAUUUAGAUAAAUCAUAAUAUUAAUCAACGGAAAAAAAAAUAUAUAUAUUUGUAUUUUUAAUUUUAAAUUUUCAAACACAACUCGUGGUUUUAAUAUUUCGUUUUUUUUUUUCCAAACGUAUUAUAUACCCGGUAUUUUUUGGUUUAAUUAUGCUUUUAAUAGUCGUUAAUAAAUACAAUGUUAUAAUAUUUAAAUAACAACGUUUUAUAAGUAAUGCCGUGUUUCUAUAGUUAUAAUUAUAGUUAUUAAAAAAAAAAAAAAAAAAACCACGUAUUCCAAUAAUUGAUUGAUAGAAUAAUCGACAUUAAUGGGUUUUUUUUUUUUUUCAAAUAAUACGGAUUUAGUAAAAUUUUCAAAUCGUUUAAAAAGAAAACAACAAUUACCCCGUUCGAGCGCAACCGAGUGCCUGCGCAUUCGCGAAAAUUCUGCGGUUCAAAAUAACGGCCCUGUUAACACACGCGAUUUGCGUUCGAGAAAAAAAAAAAAAUUCGAAAAAGCCGACCGAAAAAAGUUUCGAUGGCUGCGCCGCAUUGUCCGGGCACUCGAACCUCGGUGUAAUAACGUGCGAGAAACAAACAAAAUCAAAUCGAUUUGUCUUCCGCGACACAGCGCGAUGCAAUAACACACGAGCGGUGUGAACGCGGCUCGGGCGACCCGGGCGUGACGCGUUGUCAUUGUCACUCGUUGAAAAACGCGCGUCGUCGGUAACGCGCGGUUUCCCCGGGACUCGUUGCCGCGGACGCGGACGGCGCUCGCGCGGCCGGACGCCGCGCCGGUCCGCACCGUGCCGCCGUCCGUUUCGACCGAAAUCCCGUGUCGCGGACCGCGUGACGCGACGGCCGUUCGCGUUUUGUCGUCGGCCCCGUUCGGUGUCUGCGCCGCGGUAAUCGCGCGCGAACGGGCGACGGGCCACGGCGGCCGUUGGGCACGCGUCGAAAACCGGCGUGGUCGUCGUCGGCCGCCGAUAAAUCACCUCGCGCCACCGGCGGCGGCCGGUAACCGCGCCGGGUCGCCCCCCGGCGAAUUACGUUCGCCGAAUCGUUUUUAUUCGAUUCCGGACCCCGAAACGUUCCCCGGAAACGCCGUCUCGGCCGAAAAACGAUUUCGCCCGCGUGAAAACCGAACGGGGGGGAAAACGAUCGGACGUCCGAUACGCGGACGGCCCGACGAGUGUUCACGGUGUUCGACCGCGUCUAGAGACGGUUAGAACAGGCGCACUGCGAACGUCGCGAAUGUCCGCGGUUGUUUUUAACCGGAUCACGCCGAGAAACAAAACCGUCAAGGCUGUAAACGGUCCCGGUAUCACGCGUUUUUCCUCGGUAUUUCUCGAUCAUUAAGAGAAUCGCGUGGAACGAAAAUAAACCGACCCCUUCUAAUGUCGACCGACUGGAUCCGAGAAACGCGAAUAGAUACGAAAAGAUCUUUCUUGUCGUUUUUUUUUUUUUUAUUGGCGCGAAAUGUUCCAGUUAGAUACCUGUUUACGGGCGAAAAUAACGGAGUACAACCAAAUCGCAAACGGAACACGCUACCGAGAUUCGCGUGCGAUUUAGGUAUAAAAAACGAUAUUUUUCGAGAUUGCGAAUAAAAAUAGUUUAUACAGAGUUUUAUAACGUCGUCUUAUAAGGGUUCGAAAUAAUUAAAACACAAUGUAAACGCUGCAAGAUGGUAUACAUUAUAGGUGAGAUAAAGCUGUUGUGUACGCGAGGAUGUGAGAUCUCGGUCUUUAAAUUUUAUUCCGUACUUGAACACAAAAACUGCUUUUGCUCAGACACCCCGCAUUAAAAGGACUGUAUAAGGACUUAGGAACGGCCGUUAACAUGCGAUUUAACACGCCAUAAACCAUUACCCGAUAUUUAUCCGCGUCGUAGCCAUAUCGAUUAUCCGUUAAAAAACGCGGAAACCUAUCGUUUUGAAUCCAUGUUAUUGGUUUUUUAUGUCAAACGAUAUGAAUUGAUUGACCGUUAACUCGAGAUCGUUUAUUUUCGCCCCGGGGACUUUGUAGUUUCGUAAAAUGCGUGUAAAAGAAACUAUAAUGUAAUAGGCAUAAUAAUGUUAUAGUUUUUUAGAUUCUGGGCGAAGCUAGAAAUAAUUGAUUUCACUGUGUUAAGUGUUUUAUAAAAAUAAUUCUUAUGGUUUUUGCCUUUGGACCACUUUUUGCUCAGCAAUAUUGCUCAGAUAAAAUACUCUAUAGUGAUUACCUUUUCGAAUUUCGAAUUUCUUUGGUACGCCGCACUUUUCCUAAUAAUAAUAAUGAGAGAAGACGGGGAAAAAAACCGUCUAAAAGACGGAGAUAUUUACGGAACAACGAUUUCUGUUGAUUUCGGUUCUGUCUUUUCGUGUUGUAAUUCGAUGAAAAAUAUUCUGGCGCUUUUUUAUUUUUGUAUGUGUGCACAGAUUUUCAUGUUGGCAUUUACCGGUGAUUAAAAUCGAAAUAAAAAUUUAAUAACUUACGAAAAAUCGUUUGAUUAAUUUCGUAGUUUGAAAUUAAUACGCGUUGUUUAAAACAACUUUUCAGUUUUAGAAUCGUUUUUCGUUUGCGAUAAUUUUUAGCGCACCCGUACACAAAUCCGAUAAAUAUUGCCGACUUCCCACCCACAACAGCGGAGCCUAUAUUAGUAAUACAGAAAAAUAUCCUGGCUUUUUAUUUUAUUCAACUAUGUAAAUUUUCCUUAAAUCAGUUUUCCAAAGUUUUAGUCUUUAUAAACGUAUGGUGUUUAUAGUCUCAUAGACACACGUACGUUUAAUAGUUUCUGUAUAAAUGAAUACGAUCACGUAUGUGUAUACAUUGUGCGUUUCAUCCUGUGGACGUGUUUUUAAUAAAUCCGUCGAAAUAACUCUGCGGGGGUCACGCCGAACAACUGUAGUUUUUUUAACGCGUACCUACCUAUCGCACACCUAUCGCGUUGUUCCGUAGCCGGACAGAAAUUCAAUUGCGAUUAUCGGCUAAUCGUGUUUUUAACGAAACAACGAUAAUACACGAAUCCGAGACGUACGGCACGUAUCGACGUUUAAACGCUGAACACUAAUCAUUAGUCGGGGAGGGGGGGGGAAUCGUAUUUCUGUCGGGACCGUCGCAAAUUAAUUAACAGUUGUGCACAAUACUAUACGGCUGAUAGUAAUAAUUAUAUUGUUUUUUUUUUUUUUUUUUAUACAAUUUAUACAAAGGCACCGUACAAUUAUACUCGACGGUAAAUAUUAUGUGUGUUUACGUGUGUAUACGAUUUGAAUAGUAUUAUCAUUAUUGUUAUUAUUACGUACCUAUUCAAUUGUUAUAUUAUUCGUAAUACGUUAUUAUGCUGCGUGUACUCCCCAGAUAGAAUUCAAAUUAUUUGUGAACCGACGACGUUUAGUUGCGAAUUUCGAAUCAAAAUGAAAAUAUACCUGUGUCUGGAGCGGUGCUAAGCGUUGCUUUUAACGACUCCUGUUUACGAACCGACCAAUAUAAUAAUAUAAACUCGUCCUAUAUUUUCGAUCUCACUUGUCACCGCGUCAGUUGUUCGUCAAAGCGUCAGGAAGACACACAAAUAUGUCUCCGAGUCCCCCAUUGUAUGCAUAAACUAGGUGACCUCAAAAAAAAAAAAAAAAAAAAAAAAAAAAAAAAAAUUUUACAGGGGGGAAAAAAAAAAAAAAUAUACACGUUUCUUUUUGCAGUAUACUGUUUUAACAUGUCGAUUGCCUACGGGCUCUUGGGUCCCACAAAUGGUUAUGUUAUAUAAAUCGCAUACCGCCGCUAUCCGAUUUUUUUUUCCUCUCUUCGCGACAUCGAACGACCGAAUGAAAAAAAAAUCGAAAAAAAAAAAAAAUCUCCAGUAUCGGAAGAUCGGGGAGUACCUCUAUCCGCCGAUUCUUUAUUGGACACGUGUCUUAUAUACGACGAGUGCGUACGGCCGUCUGGCUAUUGUUGUUAAUCCGUUUCGGUUUCAAUUAUGUCGCGUCACGGAUUUUUAAUUACUCCCGUUUGUGUCUCUCGCAGCGCAGCAGAUAUACGGAUAAUUAACACGAUCAGGCCCUAUUUGGGAUGUCGCGAACCGGGAGAAGUGAAAAAAAAAUAAUAAAUAAAUGUAGGUACGGAAAAUUCGAGGUAAAUAAGUAGAAGAAGAAGAAGAAGAAGAAGAAAAAAAAAAACCAACGCGCGUUUUGUAUGUCCGCGUAAUAUUAUCCGCGGUUUUUUUCUGCAAACACGAACCGCAGAUAAACCAUUACGGAAAACGAGAUUCGAAAACUGGUCCCGAGCAAACGCGUCUGUUUAUAGGGCUUGGCCGUCGGCCGUCAUUGCGGUCGGUCCCGUAAAGACGCGAAUACUGUCGGUGGCGCGGCCGGGAUUUCCGAACGGGGAGGUGGGGGGGGGGGGGAGAACCAAAAAAAAAAAAAAAAGGAUGGACAUACUUCGCACGUGGGUGCAGCCACUGUUGUGGGUGGAAAGUCGGGAAGGUGGGAUACACAGAUGGGAUGCAUUUAAUGUAUGUAACGAUGAACCGUUACUAACCGAAAAAUGAUGCCGAACGGAGUUCGGUUGAUCGUCUUGCUUUUUCAACAAUAUAUUAUACGUCAUAUUAUGGCAAAAAUGAUUGCAACAAUGUGCGUUUCCGUGACAGCAAUGAUUAUUUAAAAAAGAUUAAAAUAAUAAACACUCAAUAAUAACAAACAAAUAAGUAAAAACGGUUGCCGAUAACAGCCUUAUUUUUAAACUUUCAAUCUUUUUUAACCUAAAGAACCAGGUUUAUCUCAUUAUCUCGAAUAUUAAUAAGGAAUUCAAAAAAUGAUCCGUUUAAAGUACCAUCCAGAGAACAUUUCCUUUCAGAAAAGAUGCUAUAAUCAGAAUAAGCUUUCUGGUGGAAAAAGUGUCACAUAAAAAAAACAAAAAUAUACAUCUCUGUAAAACCAAUACAUUCAACGCCAAACUCAGAAUCGAAUGUACACAAAUAUACUACGAUAUUUUAAACCCUAUCAAUGUAAGCAAACCGCGUACGCCGUAAAGUAUAAUGGCGUUUUCCGUCCGACCGCGCGCACCGGUAUACACCGUGGAAGGCUCGAGAGAUUCGAUCGCUUGAAUUAAACACGAGUCGGGUGUGAUUCGUGAACACUCGGAUCGGGUCCGCGGACAUGUUUUCUCGUAAUGUCGCUGGGUACCCCGCUGUGGACGUACGACAAAAGUUCGGCGAGACACGCUUCUUUUAAAUUUCUUCUCCUAAGCUGCAUUGAAAUGUAAAUGUUCACUGCGGACGAACAAGUGGCUUGCCCAACUUUGAUAAUGUCAAUCGCGAAUAUAAAAUGAAACUGACAAGUUUCAGACAUUUGAAUUUGCUCGAAUUAACUUUAAUUUAUGUCAUUCAGUGGAGUGCACCUCUCGAUUGGCAUUUCUCGUGUUUGUAUUAUUCAACGUUAACGCUGGGGGGACGGUGUAAAAACCGCAAAUUCGCGUUUCACAUACUCGGUGACCAAAAAAAAAUAUCGAAUAACUGUUUUUUGUCAACAUGUGAUCGAUCAAAUGAUAUUCAAUUAUAACGAAUUUAACGGAACACGAUUGUUUUUAUGUUAUAGUAAUAUUAUGUACAUUAGUAUAAUUCAUAUGGGCAUCUACUGUCAGCCGUUCUCGGAAACCAUAGUUCACAACGACCUGCGGUCGAUCCCAUCAAGUUAAAAUCAUUAAAAAAAAAAAAAAUAAAUAAAUAAAUUUUAAUUAUCGAUUUAAUUAAAAUUCCGUAUGAUUUUAACGCAUUAUACCUAAUAUGAUGCAAUAUUAUAAUUUUUUUCCCGAUUAAAUUGUCGUAAAUUUGGUUGUAACAGUGUAUUAUUGUGAUAAUAAUCCGCUUGAGUGCGGUCUCAUUAUGUGUUUUAAAAUAUAUUUAUAACCGACAUGUAUAAUAAAUGCGUAAUAAAAUAGAAAUAUAUCACGUGUACAAAUUAUUUUAUUGUUUAAUAAAUAGCUAAAAAAAAUUAAAGUAGUCAAGUUGGUUCGUAUUUCAACAAUCGUGUUUAAGGUUACCAUUAGUUUCGUCGUUAUUAAAUGUCCGGCCGUCGCGUUUCGUAUCGAGUCGCGUGCAUUUCCGACAAUACCGGCGGCCAAUUGACGAAACGUGACAGCGUUUCCACAGUCCCGUUCGUGAAACGGUUACGUUUUUGUCGGUUACGCGAACCGGGAAAACUCUGUUCGUUCUCCGCCGGAACCCCGUGGCGACGAAUUCCCCGGCUCGUACGCAAAAUUUUUUUCACGGUGAAAAACGGCCGUAUUCCCGUAGACGCGUUUAUUUCUCGCGGCUUCCCAAUUGUCCCCCGGUACAGUUAAUCCGCCGCGGCAUGGACGAACGCGACCGGAAGUAUACACUCCGACGGCGGUCCCGUUCCCUGAAACUGUACACGUUUUAUUAUAAAUUAUGCGACACCGAGUCCAGUCUCCGGUCGAUACAAACACUUGACUCGGUCGCAGCGGCGAUCGGUUUUAACUAUCGGUUUAACCACCGAAUAGAGUGGGUGUAAGGUCGUUUUGCUAAAACGAAAAAAUACACACACACACACACACACACAUAUAUACGUAUAAUACGUAGUACACACGCUUUAUUCUAUUACAGAUACCGAAAUCGAGAUAUUACCGGACCAAAGAGAAAAAAAUACAAAUACAAAACAACGACCGAGAUUAUGUUUAACGGGCGAAUUCGAUUUUUGAUCGUAAAUAUUAUUACGGCGCGCAUGGCAUGUACUCAACAAUAUUUUUUUCCCGACACACGCGGUUCGGUCCUGGGUGUAUACGUACAAGAGCAUUUAUUAUCGUAACGCCGAAACGCGCGCAUCGGUAUAAUAAUAAUAUUCCGUACCGUACACCUGCGGAUCGGUCACGACGAGCACCAAUAGGUACGUACGAAACGAAAGAAACCGUCACGUAUGUACGUCGAAUGACGUUGGGAGUGGGGAGUGGGGGGGGGGGGGGGGGGGGGGGGGUGGCGGCGGUGGAGGAAGGGAAAAAAAUACACGUAAGUAUAGAAAGAAAAAAAAACAAUGACUCUGUCCGAAUGAUUACAAUAAUCCACGGUCCCGGAGGUGGGAAAUUCGGAUUGUACGUACGGUAAUAAUUAUUUAGGUACUCCAUUGUACCGCGAUAUGUGUGAGUACACUUUAUACAACGUCUGUCCCGGGUAUAAUUUGCGGUCCUCCAUAACCGAUAAUUAUAUUUCUGUUGCGUCCGUAUGUUUUUUCGGCUUCAGACAGACUGCUGGACGCUGUUCCGAACUCGGCGGUUUUCGACCGAGGUGUUCGGACCCACCUUCACUAUAAAAAAAGGAAAAAAAAAAAAAAACAAACGCUACGCAGAGACGUUUCCGUCAUUAUCCACCGCACAUAUAUUAUUGUAAUAUUACACGUAUACAGAUAUACGUACAACAAAGGUACGUUACCGAGUAUUUAUCUUCAUUUUUUUUUUCGAAAACACAAUAAUAAUAAUAACCGAUGCCUGUGUUGUUCAAUAAUUUCGUGUGGAUUAGAAAAUAAUAUGAUCAUGUCCGAGACGAAAAAUAAAUGUAUAUAUGUAUACAUAUAGUACACCUGGAGAGACCGCGGGCUUUGUUUUUUUCGACAUUAUCAGACCGACAGUAUUUUCGGGAUUUCUGAUCGAUCGUCGAAAUCGGAUUCCGAGUCGAGGGCGGAUACAAAAAUGAGGGGGGAGGGAGAGAGCAACCGGGUCAAUCGUACCACCCCCCCCCGUCCGCUGAAACGAAACGAUGUGCCGCAUGACCGUACGAAAUUUGAUUAAUAACAAUCGAUAUACCUAGAUGAUUUUAUGUACCUAGCAGAGGUUUUUAAACAUUUACGUUCUAGCCAAAUAUUUUCAAAAAAAAAAAACAAUAACGAUUAUCGAACUGUAUUGAUAAUUACUAUAAAUUAACUGCCGUAUCGUUAUUUUAACUAGUUUUAAUUUAAUUUUACAUUAUAAAUCGAAUUGUACCGUGCGGCGUCUACGAUAGUAUGGCGCGCGGCACUUUUUAUUCUUAAUCGACAUAAAAUUUCAGAACCCCGAAAGCCUGUUGUGGCGAAACGGUUGACUUGCAGAUGUCGGGAAUGGACUUGCGAAUCAUCCUCGUGAACUAAUAGGAAUCCGUUUUGUACCAUCUUCAAAGUGUUGGCGCCAAGCGGAUGAGCCGCAUUAUCUUGGCCCGCCCACAUUGUUUUGCGUAUUUCCCGCGAGCUGCAACGACUCACGAAUUCCGGGGGUGAGCUCGCGAAUUCUCGCUAAAUGUCGGUGUAGGAUUGAACUCGUGUCACGACAUGAUGGCUAGGCCAAGUACGGGCACGUAAUUUUUAAGACAUUUUCAACUCGGCGGAUUGUGCAUCGCAAAAAUAAUUCGGCAAGAAAGCUUAUAAUAUUAGUGGGCGCCCGCGCUUUAGAUGGAAUAUUAUUGUUUAUUGAUUAGUUUCGCCAAAGUUGGUUGUUAUGGGUUUUCCGAUUUGUUAACGACAUGGCGUCUUUUAAUCCGUACAUUUUUUUUUUUUUUUUGAAACGUAUUUUUAAGGGCAUAUCUUGGCAUUUUUAUCGCACAAUCGCGUACAUUAUAAUUAAAUGUUUUUUUUUUUUUUUUUACGGCGCUUGAAUAUCUGCCCCAAUCAUACCAAUAUUUCGAUUCAUAAUGUGCCCGGUACAUACUAUAGUGGAUGAAAAUAUUCAGUUACUUACUGAAAUUUGAUUAGUUAUAUUGCACGUAUACACGUAGACGUUAUUGCUAUUGGUUAUCUGUAGGCACAUUAAUUUAGAGUCUUAUUAAAUUUCAUAAUACUCCAUUUUACAUUUUAUCAAAUUCAUAAUAUUUUAUGUUUCACAGUUUAAAAUGUUAUACAGGGUGUCCUACGAAGAUGUACCCGUUGUAAUAUCUCUGGAGAUAAUAAAGAUAAUCGAAUUGUGUUGUUUUUUUUUUUUUUUAUGCAUUACUCACAGAGGCUCAGGAAUGAGGACUACACAUAUUAAUAUUUCAAUUAAUUUUUUUAUGUUUUUGUAAAAACAAACAAAUAACUUUUUAUUUUACCAUUUUAAAAAAAACUUGAAAAUAGCUAUUUUUUCAAAAUUUAUUCGUCUGAAAAUGUUGACUUGUCAGCUUUUUAUUUUUGUUAAAUUCGUGAUUUUUAAUAAUUAUUUAAAAUUCAGAGAAAUAAAAAUGUACAAUCAAUUAGCCAUAAUAAUAAUAAUAAUAAUCAAUUGUCGAAUGCGAUUAUAGCCCGUUACAUGAUCACAAAUACUUUUCUCUGCGCUUAAAAAAAAUUAUUAAAAGCCAUGAAUUUGUUGUAACUCCAAAAUGUCCAAGAAGAACGAACUCCGUAAAAUGGCUAUCUUCAAAUCGUCGAAAAUAAUAAAAUAAAAAGUUAUUUUAUCAAAAUCUAAAAAUUUAAUUUAUAUAUAUAUAUAUAUAAAUAAUUGUGUUUACAUCUGUAGUCUUUAUCCCCGUGAAUAGUAUAUAUAUAUAUAUAUAUAAAACAAAAAAAAAAAAAAAAAAACAACAACAAAAACAAAACAGAAUUCGAUUAUCUUUAUUAUCCCGGGAGAUAUUGCGAUGGGUAUAUUUUCGCGGGACGCUCUGUAUAGUUAAAACGCAGCCCGUCGAAAAUAUAGCAUAAUGCAUUAUCAUUAAUGUGGUUACCGUUACUUUAUCAAUCGUAACGUACCUACUGUUAUUCUCUUAUCGGCAGGUCACACGAUCCGUGGUUUACGUAAUAUUCAUCCGCGAGUGUGUAUAUAUAUAUGGAGUGGGUGAGCUUUUAGUUUUGCAACGACAGACGUGCACCUACACAGAUGUUUUUCCGCUGCCGCCACCGUUAACGGCAUUCCGUGACGAGAUACGACGAAACGGACGUUUUUCCGUAAAGUUCAACGCGAACGGUUUAAACGUGACAAUAAGUAAUAUUUCGUACGACGCAACGCGCGGGCCUUUGUUGUAUCGAUCCGCGUACAUACGAGAAACGGGUUGGUGUUUCGAAUUUUCCGGUCCGCCACUGCGCCCGCGCCAUGUACGAAUGUUAUCACGGGCAACCGGAAAACGGCGGGAGAACAAUAAACAACACGAUGUAAGCGACCGUUUCAGAUUAUAGUUUUUGAAUUUAAAAUAAUAAUAACGAAUACCGUAAAUAUACCGGGGUGGCGGAGCCGAACCGAUAACGGCCGCGCCGCGCCGGUUCACUAUUUUUCGGUGAUGUCAUUAAUAUUAUACCCGUCUGAUUACAACGUACGAGAACCGAUAUUUCAAUAUUAGGUUUGUGAAUAUCAUUACUGUUGUCGUCUACAAUAACCUCUGGUUUUUUAUUUUUGGUUCCGGCGAAGAAGGACCCAAUGAGACUGGAAGGAACCGGAUUCAAAGGAGCUCGUUUCGUCGUGCUACCGAAUUCGCGUGUUCACGGAUAUUUGUACAGGGGAGAACACGGACGUACUAUUUGUUAUAAUUUAUUUUGUUAUUAAAUUGAUUAAAAUUUUUAAAAAGUUAACAAUGUUGUGAGUUUAAAGCAAAUAUUAAAAGACUAAAAUACGCAAAGACGUGUACACAUGGGUUUUUCAAGUACACUGUUUUAUAGACUCGAAUGUUAAUUUCACGUGAAUGCGUGUAAGCGUGAAAAGUCAGCUCUAAUUUAUAGUCAUUUAUUUUUCCUUGUUUUCGCGGUCAAAAAUUAUACGAAAAAUAGCUAGUUUUUUUCUAUUUAUUAAGAAAAUGAAAACGGAAAAAAACCUAUUUUCUCAAUACACCGACUAGAUUUAUAUUUAUUAUGUCAAGUUCCUAUUAAUUUUUUGAUUAGAGUAAUAUUUCUGGUAGGAAAAUUGUUGAUAAAUACAAUAAAAAAAUUAUGCACUCGGAAUGUAAAAAUGAAAAAAUACAUCAUUUUAAAACUAAUAUAUUCUUCGCUUUGUUCAAAAUCUAAAAAAUAUAUACAAAUUAAUGGUUUUUAUUUUUAUUUAAGAAACCGAUAAAGUUCUUUUGUUAGGAACGAGGAAUUUAAACGAAUCCCUUACUUCAAGUCUGUUAAAAAAGUCUGCAGUUUAUUUUAGCAUUUUAGCAAGAUGAACGUAAACGAAUUUCUUGUCGAAAGGAACUUUCCGAGUAUUAAGAAGGGCUUAAGACAAUUUCGUAUAGUUUUCAAUAUUAGAAAAUUAAAUAUUAAACAUUUCUAAACGACAUAAUGGCAUAUAAUUGCUAAAUAACUUAAAUGCAGAUGUUCUAAAUGCCUUUGACGUAUUAUAAUUAAUAUGAAUUAUGCUUUUUUCGCAAAACAAAAAAUAUACCGUAGUGUCUUAAAAUAUUUGAAUUGUCGUUGUUUAUUGUCGUGUUGGAAUACAUACGGCACACGUAGAUACACUAAUGCGAUCGAGAACAAAAAAUAUCGGGGAAAAAAAUUGCAUAUGGCACAAUUAUUACUAAGAAAAAGAAACACGCCACCAACAAUUGACUUAGGCCCUUCUUCCCCGGGACCGAAAAUAUGUUUUACGAGUAAAUUAUACGAGAAUCUCGCGUUAACCUGCCGCAUAUCAUAUUAUAAUAUUCUACGUGUACCAAUAAUAAUACACGUACAUAAAUCAAAGAAAAUUCAAAACACAUGUGGCCGCCGCCGUGCUGCCACGCAGCGCGCGUCUUGUUCCAUACACCGAAAUUGCACUUUGCCGCGGAGCUUUAAAACUCGUUGGUAUAGUGGCGCACAAGAGCGUGUGUUCGUCUAACACCCCUCAGUAUCGGAUUUACUCGAGAUUGUUUUUCUUCUGUAAUGCAAAUCACUCCGGGGGCGACAGCGGAGUGCAUAUUUCGAAAAUAUCAGAGGUGCUUAUGAAAGAGAAACCCGCAUGAAUAUAUUAUAUACACCGCAGGCGCGGCAAAGACGUCACUAUACUUACCCGCCGCCCUACUGCGCAACAAGAGCUACGGAGUCUUCGCUUUAAUGGGAUUAAUUUUUAAAGCUGAAAAAAAAUGACUCGAGGGUUUUUUUUUUUACACUCGUCGAAAAGCCCCCGAGGAAUUGGGAAUAAACUGUGCUACCGAUUUUUUUUUUUUUUUUUUUUACAUACACCGCCUAUAUUAUCUCGUGUCUGACGCUAUUGGAAAAGUUAUAAAACAUUAGUUGUGUAUAUAAAUAUAUACCUAACUGUAUAAUACAUGGCUGUACUCUCCCCCCGCACCGCCGCCGUAGAACUUUAGUCCCUCAGGUAAUUGGCUUGAUGAGAAAAUAGUUGUAAGAGUAUAAAGAAAAUCGAUUUUUCCAAUGAUGCACAGUUUGUUGUAGUUUAUUUUUUAUCGAACGUAUAAUUUUUUACUAAAGCAGGCUGAUAUACAAGUUAUAUGACAUUUUACGAGUAAAUUAUAUUAUUCAAGUAUGCAUUAUUACAUUAAAUGUUCGUAUUUCAUACGAGAUUUAACACACAUUCUAAUACGAGAAGAAAUUGAGACAUUGGUCAAAAUAUCACAAUUAUUAACAUUUUUUUUUUUUUUUUACAUUAAAAAUAAUAUUUAAAAAGACGCUACACGUGCAUUUGUGGUCUCGGUCAGAUAUUUACGCGAAACGUAGUAAAUUUGCGUUCAGCAGAACUAAUUUUGUGUUAACUAAUCGAGUAAAUUUACUUAUUAUCAUCAAACUCAAAACGGAAAAACAUUAUUUUUACAUUAGUUGUUAUUUUAAUUUGCAAGCGAGAUAUGAGCGUAUGAUGUUUUACAAAAUUUAAAAUACCCAUAUCUCAUUUAAAAAUUAAAAUACCAGAAAAAAAAAACCGUAAAUAACAGGUAAAUUUACUGUAAUAGUAAAACUGUAUAAUAGCACAACAUUUAGUUUUUUUGAACGCAAAUUCGCUUAUUUGAAAAUUCGCGCGUUUGUAAGACGGAGACUGCAAAUGCGUAACGUUGUGACACGUCAUCUUAAACAAACGUAGAAAACGCAAGCACCAGUAAAUAUACACAUUCUUUUUUAUUCAGCUAAAUAACACAGAAUCUCAAAACCCUCGUAUUUAAAACAAAUGAAAACGGCAGACAACGUUUCGGUUUUCUUUUUGCACGCGAUCGUGUAAGCAGGUAGUUGUAGGUACUUUUGCCGCGGUCGAAAUAGUUUUUUUGAGGGAGGGGAAUCAUAUGCACCCUCUCGCAUACACGCUGCAAUCGAACAACGAUUAAAACAAUCGUUAAGGUCCAUAACACACACACGGUGGACUCGGGUAUGCGCUGCUGCAGUUACUGCGCGGUAUAAUUAAUUUCCAAAGUUGUGUCGAAUUUCCCUCGCCCCACAACACGCACACGUGUCGUGUGGUUUGUACAACAACAAUAAUAUUAUUAUUAAAAAUCAAGAUGUUUGAUACUGUACGAAAUAUUAAAACAUCGGCGGUGUGCUCGUGUGUGUUUAUAUGAAUUAUCGCCCAAUCCGUUACCUAUACCGCUGCAGUCGGUGCAGUCAGAUUGUAAUCGAUGAGCAAUAAAAAUAAAUCGUCGGUUUUUUGGACACCCGCGAGAUUCUCGUACAGAGAUAACGAGAUGUACACACAUAACAUACGCAUACCUACUACGCGUGUGCGUUUGAUGAUAAUAAUAAUAAGUACACCGGGGUGUGUAAUAUCGCCUAUAUAAACCACCCCCAUCUCUUAAAAAAAAAAAAAAAAAAAAUGUAUGCAGCACAUAAACAGAUAGGAAAUAUUGCUCUUGCAGUGUUUCUCUCGCGGCGACACGUGUUUACGGCAUCGGUGGCAAGUGUUUUAAAGUGUCUGUGAUUUUUUUCCAUGUUGUAUUAUAUUAUAUUACACGUGUGCCCCGCGAGUAAAAUAUAAUAUAUACGAGUAAAAAUGGUCGAAAGUGAAUUACAAUUUCAAUUUUAUCCCCGAUGUGUUGGCUCUUUAUAAAUAUUUUUACGAUAUUUUUCCCAGUUUUAAACUCUCGUUAUGCACAAGCAGUUUUCCUGCCGUAACUACUGUGACAAUAAGUCAGGUCUCGGACGAAAUAUGGGAAAUGUUGAGUAUAGAAUUACGAUACGUUCGAAAUUCCCAUGGAAAAUCCAUUAUCCCGAACAACAAUAAACCUAAUACGAAAUAAAUAACGAAAAACAGAGUUUGUCCUAUGUGUUGCAUCUACAGUUUUCCUAUUACAAUAAAUAUUGGCAACUCUUAUGGUUUAUAAUAAGUGUCAUCUCUCACUCUUUCAGAAUCUUAAACGGAUUUCGUUCAAAACACGAAUGUCAAUCGAUUUAUGAAUAUGUAUACCUUUUUAAAUUUUGGAAACUAUUGCCUAUAACCGAAGACCAAUAUCAACAAAUAAAUUGUAUGGCAAAAGGGCCUCUCUUUUUUUUUUUUUUUUUAAAUUUAUGAUAGCAUAUAUAUGUAAGUACUAAAGCUAUAAGCUGUAAAGUUUACAACUUUUCACACGUUUAACAAACUGAAUUUGAUUAGACUGUACUUUAUAAAUAUUUUUAGUUAAACUAAUUUAAGAUAGAAUAGUUUAGGUUUUUUUUAGAAAUAGAUUUCUGAAACUCUUGAACAAUCUAAUCUCUGUGUAUGCGGUAUCAAAAGAGACAUUAAGAUCUUAGGAUUAAAAUUAGUCUAUCGUUUUUUAUUUGAAAAAAAAAACAGUUCUAAACCAUCUAUGGUCGUCUGUAUACUAUUUUCAUUGAUUUUAUGCAAUUUUAUUGUUAUUAAAUAUUAAAACGCCACGCGCCUCCACUAAGUAUUAACCAAAUAGCCUCAAACUUUGAGGAUAUUCUUUUUUUAUUAUAUGGCACUAGAUAGACGGGUGUCACAAAGACAAUUUUGAAAUUCGUAAAAUAAGGGCCAUCCUAUACAUCAAAUUUAUUUUAAAAUCUUGACCGAAUAUGAGCAAGUUAAUAGAGAUAAAUAACUGAUGAUGAAAAAAAAAAAAGAAAAAGAAAAUAUUAACUUAGUUUGGUUUAAAAUAAAAUAGAUUUAUAUAUUGUGUUCAUAAUUUUAUCUUUUUUUAUCCUACUUACUUAAAUAAUAUGUAAAUAUGUUAAUUAUGUUGAUUGAUAAUAAAACUGAUUUGAUACAAAAAUUGUCUAUCGCAUCGUAAUACGUAUAAAUAAUAUGUGUAUUUAGGAUUAUUUCAUUUAUGGCAUUGCACUCAUGCCCAUAAUCGGUACGAGAGAAAGUUGAUUUUUUUGUUGUUGAUAAUAUUUGGUACAUGCUGUUAUAAAAUCACAUAAUUAUUAUAAUUGUUGUUGUUAUUAUUAUUAUUUUUUUUUUAAAUGUACAAACCGAUUUUAAAAAUAAUAUCCUACAUCAAUACAUUUUAGAUAAUAAAUAAUAAACAAAUAGUUUAAUAUUUCUUAACAUGUCUAUAUCUAAUGAUAAUCCAUUUUAAAUAAUCUCUCGUAUUAAAAUAAAUUAUUUCUAUGUAAAACGACCAAUUUUUUUUUCCACGAAUUCCUUCGUUUAAUUUUUUUAUUUUCAGUCGCGUUUUACAUUUUGACUGUGAUAUACCUGAUGAUGAAUUUUUAAUUCGAAACCGGUCGUGUAUGCUACACUUAUCAUACAAUACACUUGUAUGCAUGUAAUGCACUCCAGGCGACGCAUUCAUUCAUGUAUUUAUUUUUUAUUUUUAUACGUACAUUUUUUUUAUUUAUACAUUUAAUUACUAUAUUUAUUUUAUUGUAUAAUUAUGAACAACAAGUAUAUAUGAUUUAUAUUUACAAUUUCACUGUCCGAAAACGUUAUUGAUAAUGUGUUUUAUUCGUUUCAGGUACAGAGACGAAUCGAUGUGUUGGCCCGAAAGGUAAUUAUUUAAUACUUUGAUUAUUUAAAAUAUUAUUAUUAUUAUGUUAAGCCUUCAUCUCUGAAAAAAAUAAAUAAAUAAAUAAAUAAAAAUACAAAGCUUUUAACUCGGGCUAUAUCUGGAGAGUCAGAUUAAAUUCAAUACAAAUUACGAUUUCAAUCAUACCAAUGUGGAAUUUCGUGAUUUUUUUCCCCUUAACGCGAUUGUUUAUUAUGGAAAUAUCUGAGCCUUCUAUAUUGUCAAAGAACGGAAUUUCAUUUUAACGUAACCUGUAUAUGUACCUUCCUACACGUACAAACAAAAUCCGUUUACACAAUCGUCUGUUCCCAAAUAUGAAUUCAAUUGAAUUCUUGAUUAUUUUUAGUGGUAUUCCAUCGAUAUAUUUUAUUUUAUAGAAAAAUCAAAAUACGUAUAAUAUAAUGUUCAUAAACAUUUUUUUUUUUUAAACAAAUUAUUUUUUAUUUUUUUUUUUUGUAUAAUUACGUUUCUUAAAAUAUGAAUGUAUAUUAAAUUUUUAUUCUGGAAUAUAUUUGCCACGUAAUUUACACAAAUCGUAACACAGUGUAAUAAUCAUACAUUUAUGAUUUUAAUAUUGAUCAGAUAUGUCCAAACGAUGUAAUAGAAAAACGUUGUUCGUUGACAGGCGAUACGACGAGUCGAGGCUGAUACGUUUCGAUAUCCGCAUCGCCAUUGUAAAAUAUCGACAGUGAAUUUUUCGAUACACGAUAAUACAUUUACGCGAUAACACAUUUAAAGCGGCGAAUCGUUAUAAUUCGAGAUACUCCGGAAAACAAUGUUCUAAAAAAAAAAAAAAACUUUAAAUGGCCCAUAUCGUGACGGGAAUACAUCUUUAUGUGAACGCGUUUGUAUUUAGACAAUAAUAAUAUUAUUAUAGUCUCUGUCGGUUCUGGUCCGACCGAUUGAAUAAUUAUUACGUGGAAACUCGACGGGAUCAUUCGCGAGCGCGAGCGGGCGGACUAAUAUUACAAUAAAUUUGUGUACGCUAAAGCUAUAUUUACGUGCGGACCGACAUACAGGGUGAUCUGUCUAUCGUGAACCGUUUGUUAUAUCCACGCGAAGCGAUCUCGAGAAAACGAAGGGCUCGGUGCAACAACCAGACGUGUUUACUGUUCAAAAUUAUUUAGUAAAAAGCAAAACAGUCGACCGGCGGGACUUGAAUCCUUAUUUCCCGGAGUCCGGUCGAGCCGGACACGUCCUCAUCGCUAUUUUCACCACGCGAAAAAUAGUAGACGGACUCGCGUCAUAUUGUUAUAUCGCCGCGCCGGAUUACGGAUUACAUUUAUUGCUUUACUCGAAACUAUUAAAAUGCCACUUUCGACUUGCCUAGCUGUUGCACAGAGUUCUUCAAAUUUAAUUUCGAUUGGUAUCUACACCUACAUUCAUCCGUCGUUGCACAAUCGUCAGUUUUGUUUUUCCUCGUGGAUACUGUACGAUAUGUUUUCCGAAUUUGUCCCGUGUCCGGUGUAAUUAUCGUCAUCAUAAUCACGCGUACCUAUCGACAUUAUGGUUCAGCAAUCCGCAUUUUUCAAAACUCAAUUGUUGAACAACGACGACUGCAGUGAAUAAAAAAAAAAAUAAAAGAAAUGCAUAUAAAAUCAAAUUUCGCUCAAACCCGUCGUAUCAUACAGAUAUUAUAUAGUCGGUGUUUCACAGUAAAAGAAUCACCCUGUACAAUAGGUGGGCAAAAAUAAUAACAAUAAUAAUAAUAAUAAUAAUAAUAAUAUAAUGCGUACAUUACAAUCGGAAUACCGGUCACGUAAUGAAAUUAAUAGAAAACAAACACCUGUAAUAACGGGUGUUUAAUUACGAUUUUUUGAAAAAGAAACGCCCCGUUUCGGUGGAACGAUUUUACUGUUUUUUUUUUUUUUUUGAGUAAGUACAAAAUAUGUGCGCACGUCGAAGAUUAUUAUCGCAUGGGUGGCGGCGUUUUUCAACAUCGUUUUACACGUCGUAGGUACUUACACUUUAAAUUUCCGCCACGAGUGAUACUUGAUAGUCGGUACUCCUCACCUAUACGGCUCCGAAUGCGUCCACGUAGGUGUGACGUAAACAUGUUAUUAUAUUGUUGUACCUAACACCAUUCGUACGUUUCUACAAUCAUCUAUUCCUAGUAUUUUGUUUGUAUUUGUUAGUUUUUCUUCACGGUUAUUCGUUACGAACUGGACGUCCAUUUAUCUUUCUCAAUCUAACUGUCAGACUCCAAUAUAUAAUAUGCGACAUGAAAAAUUUAGACCAAAAUUUUCUUCCAUCAGACUAAUUCUGUAUCUCAACCUUAUUAUAUUUACCACCCCCUUGAAGACCAAACGUGUGUGAAAAUGCCGUGGGUAAAGGGUGCGAAGAGAGAAUAUUGUAAAAUUAAAAACACGGUAUGACCAAUGGGAAAAUAAAAAUAGUAGGUACGUUUUAAAAAUAAUUAUUUAUUGAAAAAAUACAAAAUAAAAUGAAUAACAAAAAAAAAAAAAAAAAAACUUAAUUUAAAUCCACAAGUUUUACCAUUCAACAUAAUAUUAUGCGUCUUAUACGUAAAUACGGUUGACGCUCAUCUACACUAACCAAAUUAAGUUGUCCGUCCCACAGUAUACGUCCGAUAUGCCAUAUACAGGAGCUAUACGAGUUUUGGAAACAGAUUUGAAUGUACACGAGGCCUCUUUUUUGAGUCUUUAAUUUUCAAUUUGAAUAUCUAUAAAAAUGUUAUAAAAAAAAAAAAAUAAUAAAUAAAUACAUAAUAGCUCAACCGGUCUUACGUACACUUCACGCUGAAUUCUGAAAAUCUGUUUUCAGAACUCUUACGCUGCAUCGCGCAUAGGUCAGAUUGAUGAACGAAAUACUGGUUUAAAUUUCUAUUGCGUAUACGUGUUAAAAAAAAAAAAUAUAUAAAGAUAAGGGAAUUCCGUUUUGAAUCGAAAUUUGAUUUUCAAAAAAAAUGAAUGUGUGCCACAAAGGAUUAGAGUAGGUACGUAAUAAUAACCACAUCAGAAUCUUGUUUUAUACGAAAAACUACAUUUUGAUUUGAAUAUCAGGAAAAAUAUGUACAUAUAAAAUAUUCUAUUACGGAGAGUAAUUCUCACAGACAUGUUAUACGUUUUUAUUUUUUCAGAAAAAUACUCAGUAAAACUGAAUCACUAAAAAAUUCAAUCCGUACUUUAAAACGUUCGGAUUUUCCACCCUGAAAAGUGAAUUGUGUAAAAGCCCAUAAAAGUGCAGAGAACUGAAAUUUCGAUAACCAUUCGAGUAAUAUUUCCGAUUUUUCCACCGAUUUUUUUUAAACAAACAUCUGGUGAACAAAAAAAAAUAUACCGUACCUACGUAUUCGUUACGUUACACUGUACAUUCUCCAGCGUCAUGCUCAUGCACGGCGUACCAUAAUAUUAAUAAUUGAUAUUGAAAAUUCUUUUAGAAUAAUAACACCGUAAUCGUUUUGUCGGUGUUGAUGAUGGGAGUUUUAACCGGUGGUGGUGUAAAAGAUGACAAAUGAUUAAGCCAUCCGUACUGUCAUUAUACCGUUACAUAAUAAGACAUCACCGAUUUUCGAUUAUACAAGAACGAUUAUUUUUAUUUUACAAAAAAAAAAAAAAACUAUUCAUGUAAUACGUUUACCCUAUAAACGGUGGCCUGUAUAAACUGGUGUAACUAAUUCGUAUAUUGUACACCCGAUAAUCGCGCAUGAAACGCGAUGAAACCAAUUGGAAAAUCGGACGGUUUAACUUAUUCGUUAUUAUUACAGAGUUUCUCACAUUUUACCGGUGAUAAAUGAUGGCGAAUAACAUUGCCGUGCUGUUACGCGUGUUUAAUUCUAUUUUUAUGAAAAAAAAUACAACCGCACCCCUGAACAAAUUUACUCGUUUUGUCGGCGUUUCGUAUGCGUUUCCGUGUAUUAUAGCAUGUACAUUUUGAAAAGUUUCGGUACACGAUUAUGAAUAUCACCGAGGUUUUAACGUGGUAUGAAAUCGAGGUGUUGUAUAGGAACAUUAUUUACAACAAUACGUUAUCCUAGAUUCCUGUAGACGGUUUUUUUUGCUGUCGACGCUAAAUUAAUUACUACUAUUAAGGCGCUACGCCCGAUACGAUAAAGACACCAAUUUCACAUUCCGGUUAAUAUGCAUCGCAUAUUGUCGCAUAGGUGUUAGGUGUGAACCGUUUUAGAAAUGUCAAUUUCGACAUACACCUAUUGAAUUUGAUUACAAUGUCAUAGGCGACACGUAACAUCGGUUACAUUUAUUAACUUAGGACUCAUAAAUUAUUUAUAUUGUAACCACCGGAGAGCACGUUAGUAUAAUAUUAUAGCGUACUCGCGGACUGCACGGUCGUUAUUAAUAUUUUUUUAUUAUUUUUACAAUUAUUUAAAUACAAGAAAACGAUUGUUUCUUGUUUUUUUUUUUUUUUUAAUUAAUCCAGUAUAUCCCGUGUCGGUAGGUUCAGUUUAUUUACGCGGCGAAUGGCUAUUGUUAUCAUUACUAUUAUUGCAUAUUUUAACAACAGAUUAUUUUUGAAAUUUUCGAAUUAUAAUAAACAAAAUAAAAAAAUACCCGCAGAUUUAAUUUUACACAAUUUUAUGUUUAAUGUAUACAGAUGUAGUUUUAUUUUUCUGUUUGUCUCGCUGGUAGAGUUAUAGCAAAAAUAAAGUGUUCCGUACUUCGGCGAUUGCUACUCUCACGGUUGAGUUUAGGACAAAGGGACUUAUUAUAAUUUUCUCUUUGUUUUUUUUUUUUUUAUAAAACUUGACCGAAUGAUUUUAUUAAUAUUUUCAUAUCACAAUACCAUUGUGUACCAAUACAAUAUCAUAAGUUCAAAUCGUGAGACAUUUAGUUUAAUUGAAACGCGCAUAUCUCGAUAAAAAAAUUAAGUAUUUAAAAAAAAAAUCAUUCGUUAAAGGCAUAGUAAAUAUUUAUAUUUAUAACAUGUAUAAUAAUUGCCCAUUUGCUCUAAACCCGACCGAAGAGUCGUAAUCGUUGAGGUGCGUAAUGCAUUUGUUGUAUCACGCUCGAGACAGACAGAGAAAACAAAUGUUGUAGAUUAAUAAUAAUAAACGAUUCGUGAAUAUAUAUAUAGACACUUUUAUUUUGUGGAGAAGAAAUCCACCGUAUCCCUAUAACCUGCACACAAUAAUAACAUUAAAUCAUUUAGUGUUAAAUAAUUAAUCUAAUUAAAAAUUUAAAAAUUUUCUUAUCAAUUCAAUUUUUAUCAAUUUUUUCAUUUCUUUUUAUUAAUUAUAUUGUACGUUAUAUAUUCAUUGCGCCAUACUCAUUAUUUAUAGGUGGUUCAUAAACGCAUUUGGAAACAGUAGUUUAUUAAAGUAGGUAAUCAAUUGCAUAUAUUAUUAUAAUAACGAGUAUUUCUCCAAUAGGCGUAUAGAAUUUUUAAAUUUUUAAUUAGAUUAAUUAUUUAACAUUAAAUGAUUUAAUGUUAUUAAUGUGUGUAGGUUAUAGGGAUACAAUGGAUUUCUUCUGUUUAAAUAUUUUAAUAGGACAACAAUAAAACACGCGUAAAAAAAAUUAUUCAGAAACUAAAUGGAUAUUAUUAUUAUAAUAUUAUUACCGUUCAAAAUAAUGAUUUGAACAGCUUGGUUUUGAAAAAACUCACGGGGAAACGGAAGGCUGGUCAAUAACGAAUUAAAAGUUAAAAGUUAGUUCAUUUUAACACACUAGAUUUGGCUUUUAAUCUUCGAUUAUUUGUUAACUAUCGACUUAUUUGCUAUAACAAUAAAUUACUUGAUAAAUAACGAUUUAAUUUUAAAUUAUAAAUUUUGUUUUGAAUUUUAACACAAUAUUUAUAACGGCAUAAACAUCGUAUUGUGAGUUUUUUAAAUUCUAUAAUUCGUAUGUGCAGUUCCGUGUUUAAAUUAUGGCGUACACCUGCGAUAUUCCUGAAAUUUCUGCGUUUCAAAAAUUCACAAACUCUGAGUUUAAUCAUGUUUACUAAACAUAUAUGACAAUAAAAAUUUAACGAAAAUAUUAACUUUUAUAACUCGACACUGUCAAUCAAUACAACGAUAAACGUAUAUAAGCUCGUUUAUUUAUUUUCUCAACUAACUUAACCCAAGUAAAUAUAUUGACUUGCUCGGCGUCAUAUGUUUGGUUCCUCGAGUUAAAGAAAACGUCGGUAUUGAUAGUAUUGAUAUCAAAACUAGUGGCCAGCGGUUACCGACAUUAUGUUAUGUUAUUUUAGAGCACAUUUAUCGAAUUUCAGAGAUUCAGGGUCACUCAUUUAUUUGACAAGGAAAAUACUGAGUAUUUAGCCUUUGAUUAUACGCAAUGCAAUUAUUUGUUCGAAAUGGAAAAACUCCGAAGGAAGACCAUAUUUUCGUGAAAAUUAAGAGGCAUUCCCGAGAACUAACAAAUUCACAAAACCUAACCAAACUUUUAAGAAACCCAAUACUUAAAAUAAGUUUUUCUUUCACAGACGUUAGUUCAUAAACAUGUUACAUUAAUAAAGUUUAAAAACAGACUACACUCCUUCAAAUAUUCUACGCAUAUGAUUGUUCAGUAAAAAUAAAGCAAAAUAUAGUAUGGUUAUGUACCAUAUAAUAGGUAUUAGGCAAUUCAUUUUUAAUAAAACUAAUACGAAUUUUUAAAAUUGUAUUGAAAAUGUCUCAGUUACAAUAAUUAAACCGUCCCCUCGGGCAUCGAAAAAUUCAAACUAAAGGGGACUGAUAAUGUCACAUUAAACAUAAAGAGAAAUUCCAUCUCUCUUCACCCCUCCUUUUCCCAAUGUUGGAAACAUUCUUUUAUAAAAGAAAUUCGUUCCUGUUCCUUAUUUAAAAAAGUAAAUCGUUAAUUUUUAAGGAACUUGUUCCUUUAUGCGUUCUUUUUUUUUAUGAAUACUUAUAGUAUAGGUUUAAAAUAAUUAUUGGAAACAUCACUAAUUUAUUUUCGAUAGAAAUACAUACAUAUUUGACAUUAGAGGUUCUUAUGGGUUAUUCAUUAGUUACUCUACACUUGUGUAGAUACCUAAUUUUCAAAACAAAUAAACGUAGUCGCUGUAGUGUGAGUUGAUUAAGUCAACUAAAAUUGGAAACUUUUUUUUUUUAUUAAGAUAUUAAAAACAAAACAUUUAAUAUACAUCAAAAUUAAAUUUGUUACAGAAUUGAUUAACUUACCUACUGUAAGCUUAUGCAGCUUGGGUUGGAGAUAAGGAGCUAUGAUAACCAUUAAAUCUAUAUAUAUAUAUAAUAAAUAAGAUUAUAGUGUAAAUAAACUAUUAAAUAAAUAAACUAUUUUCAUUUCUUGGAAUUGAAAUAUUUAAAAUCCUAUAAAUUAAAUUAAUUUCUUACCCUGAGAAAUAAAAAUUAAAAAAACCAUAUUAAUUUACUUUCAAAAUAUAAUAUUAUUAAUAUUUUAUUUGCAACAAAGAUAAUAAUAAUAAAAAAAAAAAAAAAUAAGCACCUAAAAGGCCAACGUUCUCACGUCCCCUCUCGCGAGAAAGAAAUCUUGUGGCGGUAGGUUGUAUAUGUUUUGAAAUGCGAUAUUUACGGUUUGAAAAUAAUACAUUUUAUAAAUUAUCCCGUAUUUCCUAAGUAUUUUCCUAUUUUUACCAGAUUAUCUCAUUUAUUAUAAAAAAAAAAGCUGGGAAAAUCAAAAAAUGAUUCCCGUGAAAUAUCACUCCAGUCAAAUUUUUUUUUUCAGAAAAACUUGAAAAUCGGAGCAAAAUGUAUGGUAGACAAGUUGUCCAUAGAAAAAUUAAAAACAAACAUUGUAAAACCAAUACAUCCCUCGCUCCGCCCAGAAUCUAAAAGAAAACGUACAUCAUUAUAAAAUCAUCAAAAAUGAUUCAUGAUCCUGUUGUUAUAUAUCCUCCUCUAUAAAUAAUCCGUGGUCAGAAUUUCCAUUUUAAACAAUUAUCACCGAGACGCCGUUUAUACCACGGAUAUCUAAGUAUAACCACGCGGUUCAUAUUAUCAUAUUAUGUACCUUGUUAAUAAAAACGAAAAAAUAAUGCAUUUGUGCUAUUGCGGUGAUUUAUUAGUAACUGACGAAGCGAUACCAACACCAGAUGAUUUCCAGACAAUAUUAUCACUAAGCUAACGUGCGUUUAAUUUUUUUCUCUCUCAAUAGAAAGAGGAAAUGUGAGUUCACAUUCCUCUGAAAUAGAAAUGUUUCCCCGUUCCUAUAUUUGAAAAUGAACGCGUGUCUUCCCGACACUGCCCCCUCACCAGUUUAAUCCCCGACUACAAUAAUAUUAUGUCUAUGAAAAUAUACGAGAACGCAACAGUGUACGGAGGUUUAUACAUUUAUUCCGUACGAAAAUUCCCAUGAUAUCCCUUUGGCGUCCCUCCACGGUGCCUGCCGCGCAAAGAUACCUGCCCAUACCGUUGUUAUAUUCAAUAAACAGUCACGAAAUAAAAAUAUAUCUCCGGGUCCCUUUAUAUUAUAAUAAACAAUCGGCCGCCGUACACUACAGUUGGGUGGGUAUAUAAUUUCUAUUGUCCGCUGCCGAUCGUGAGUAAUAUUUAUGUUUUGACAGUCUUAAAUAAACAUUACGAGAUAAUGUUGUUUUUAUGGAGACCGGCGGAUACCGUACGACAAUGGUCCCCGGGAUCAAUGAUUUAUAAAUAAUAAUAUAAUAUGCCAUGGACCAUGUACAGGAGAUUCAGUCGACGCGUAUUUCAACUCCUGUUUUGUUUUCUAUUGUCGCGCGUUGACGGAAGCCGCUGCGCGCAGUUUCAGUACCCGGGCAUAGGCACACCCAGCACAAGGGCGUGUUCGGGGGUUUUUCUUUGAGAGGGGGGAGGGGGGUCGAUCAGAAUUACACAUCACAUUGCUGUACACAACGCAAAUUAAGUAUAAAAAAAAACUAUAUUUAAAACAACACUCGUAAUUGAGAUUUCUCGAAAUUUCGGGGGGAAGGGGAGAGGUCUACAGCAUCCUCAGACCCCCAUGGGUACGCCGCUCGUUUAGCAAAAACCAAAUUUUCAAAUACGCUACACCGUAGAUGUGUUUUUUGUCUUUCUUCAUCGAGGUAUAAAAACAUUUUAAGAUGUACUUACAUACUUAUGUAAUAUGUGUAUAGGAAAAUAUCUAACGAACUAAAAAAAAACAAAAAACAUCUUGUCCAGAGCCAAAAAAAAAAAAAAAAAAAACAAAACAAAAAUCAGUUAUGCAAAUAGACCACACUUCCAUAUAUUAUAUUAUAUAUAGUCUUCGUUAUAUUAUGUUGAAAAAGAAAUAAUUUAAGUGUACGGCUAAAAAACAGUUUUUUUUUCUCUCUCUUUACUUGCAGAGUCAUUAGUGUAAUGCAAUGGACAUAUUUUCGCCGAACCGUUACUUUUGUACUUUAUGGUAAUUUUUGUUUAUUCUUUUUUUCAAGUCGCGGUAUAUUCCAUUAUCCACCGGUUAUUAUUAUUACAUAUGUAUUUUGUCACAUAAAGACCGUAAAAUAUAAUUAUCCAUUUAUUUAACAUAUUAGUAUCAUUAUAAUAUGUUGUACGUACAGGUAUAUAUUAAAAUUUCUAAUAUACUUUUCUCUUGAACCUUAGUCGGCGAAAAAAAUAAAAAAUAAAAUAUAUAUAUAUAUAUAUAUAUAUAUAUAUAUAUAUAAUAGUUAUAAGUGCUUAUUUACAUUUAUCAUUAUACCUACUCUAAAGGCGGAGCCUUGUCGGUGUAAACGAGUUUGUCUAUUAAAAGCUGCUCUCUUCGUUUGGAAGUGAACCGCAUAAGCUGGAAAACGUCAUUGAAAUAAGGUAAUAUGCAUCCUGGAGUCUGCCUGUUGAUCGUUUUCUCACUGUUGUAUAAUUACAAAUUGCAUUGCAAUUGGACUACUGCCCGUCUAAAUAAGUAAAUAAAUGGAUAAUAAAUAAUAGUUUUUCCACCAAAUAUAUUGGUGAGAAAUUGAUUAUGUCUAAGUAGGUGUCCAAUCAGUUUGAUUUUUAUUAUAUGGACAGCGUUGAUAAUUUUGUGAGUCUCCUACUUCUUCUAAUAUAGUUUGGGUUUUCUCCAUUUCGUUCACGUCGUUUUCCUCCGCAGCUACACACGACGCGUUUAUUACACAAUUUUGUAAAAAUAUUGACAAAUAUUUCCGGAAAAUAUCAAUGGGGUUCGUGCAAAGAAUAAACAGUUCCACUUUUUGUCAAAAUCCACGUUCCGAUGAUUUCUGAUUGAAAAAAUUAUUAUUCUCGUGCCUUCUGUGUAGCUGCAACCAGACAAAUCCAAUCAUCUGUACCGUAUAGGAAUUAUUAAACAAAAUACAAGUAAAAAAAAAAAACCAUUAGCUUAAAAAUACAUCAAAAAAAAUAUGGUUCAUACCUGUAUGCGAAUUUUAUUUAAUAUUGAAAUAUAUACAUAGGUAGGUAUUUCAGUCGUCACGAGAAAAAGCUUGAAUAAUAGAUUAGGUAAUAAUUUAAAUUUUUGACUUUUGAAUUCCCUACAUAGUUGCGCACUGGGUAGAAAAAACUCUUCUGCGGUCUAUUCGUGAUUAUUAUUUGUUAUAUCACCUCCCAUUUAAAAUUUCUCAAGGGCACUCCACUGAUAAUGUAUAAAUAUGUACCUACGAAAUAAUAUUAUAUAAAGGAUUUUGACAUUUAAAAUAAAAAGUAAAUAAAUAAAAUGCCGUAAUAGUUAUAGUCGGUAGGUCGCGUUAGGUGCACCCGUCUUUAUAGAUCUGAGGUAUGAUAAAAGUAGUGAUUUUUAUGUUACAUACGUUGAAUUAACGACAGAGGAGACGUGUUUGACAACGCAGACAACACUGAAAACAAUUUUUUUUUGCAUCCUAUAACAAAAUAUAAAUAUAUUUUUCAUAUUUUCGUUUCAGGCGAUGUACAGUUUUAUCAUAAUUAUCUUGUGUAAAAUUAUAUUCUUAAUAACUGCGCGAUAUGUUGUUUUUUUUUUUUUUUCAUAAUAUAAGAUACUUAGACUUAAACUCUAGUUCAUAAAAACUACUUAGCGUCUAGUCUACUGUUUAAUUCGUGGAUUAUAGGAAUUUGAAUAAACUUUAUUUUUUCAUAUCAUAAAAUCAAUAAGUGAGAAAUUAUGGAUAUUGGUUCCUAUACGAAAAAAAUUAUAUCCCGUGGUUUCAGAAAGCAUUUUUCAGAUGUUUUGCAGUUCGAAUAUUGUUGCCCAUCAUUACAUUUUUUUAUGUUUUAAGUUUUAUUUAUUAUUAUUAUUAUUAUUAUUACUUUUUGUUUAAGAACACAUAGCUCCGGAUUCGAGUUAUGACGUGGCGAUGGCGUGUGCGCUAACCAAAUGAAAAUACUUGUAACAUAUACCUAUACUUAUACUGUGCGAGCAACGGUCGUCGGACGAUGGUUUAGUGUUGGUUUGAUGAGAGUAAUGGCCAGCUGAGAGAGAGACGACCAAACGUGGGCAUGUCGUCUGAGGGCGACAUUGGAAUACAAUCGUUCAAAUUAAAACAGUAUGUACGGACGGUACGACAAAAAGAGACAGAAAAAUAGAAAAAGAGAGGAAAAGAAAUAAGAAUGAAAAAAAAAAAAAUAAUAAAAAUAAAUAAUCGCAUAAAACAACGACCGUCAACUAUAUGUACUGUAUAUAUGACCGUAUAGGAGAGAGGGCCGUAGUUAAACGUCAACCCGGAGAAGCCUUUUACGGAAUGAAAUAAUUGUAUGUCCGGAUCUGCGAGUGCAGCGUUGCAAAUAUCUGUAAAGUAAACGUAAAAAAAAAAAAAAAAAAAAAAAACUAAAUAAUAAUAAAUACAAAAACAAAUAGUAAUGAAAAACAAACCUCGUUUGUAACGAGAUUAAUUUUGAAUAUUUUCAAGAAUUGGUUAUUUUAUAUACCUAAUAGUAAUAAUACGAUUAAAAAACAUACGGUAUUAAUCGCGCGACCCGAAAAAUUUGAUGCCGGCGUUGAUGAAGCGUUAGGUCGACUAAAAAAUCAAAACUUAUUAUAUUGAAAAAGAAUAAUUAUAAAAAUAAAAAAAAACGCCGAACGAAUGAUACACUUUGGAGGAAAUAUUCAAUCGAAUUAUGUAAUAUUUUCUAUAACACUGUCGACCGAGCAGAAAGUUGUGCGCGCGCGUUUUCCGCUAGUUUUUACCGAAUUGAGUUAGAAUAUUGAUAUUACGUGUUAUGGAUCGUACUAUAAAUCAGAUUUUAACACGCGGCCAAACGGGCAAAAAAAAAAGAUUUACUGUAACAUAAUAAUAGUAUAUGUAAAUAAGAAAUGACCGACACGGAAAAUGUCGCCUGCAGACAAUGGAAAUGUUCUGGGUCGUUGUUUUGAAAUCGUUCGGGAGAACCGUUUUAAAAUUUAUUAUAAAUUCGUAUUUGAUACCGAACGCUGUUGUUUAGUUUUGAAUCUGAUACGGUGACUGUAGAGACAAAUUUACGCUCUUUAAUUUAAAUAGAUUUUGAUGACCGCAGAUCGAACCGAUAAUUUUUUGUUGAUAAGAAAAAUAAAAAUAUCUAAGAAAGUAAAAUUUCUCGGUAGAACCUUCUCAAUGUAAUCGUCGUGGAAAUGAAACGUUGGCAAUAUUACUUUCUUGUGAUAGGAGUAUAGGAUUUUUUUUUCAGUAAUUGUUCAUGUUAUUAUUUUUACUGUAAAUAUAGAAUUUUUUUUUUUAUUUUAAAAAUGUGUGAAUAUCAUUAGACGGAAUCUUGUCUCGCCCAAAUAAUAAUUCGCUUUAAAAAGUUUCUAUUUUGUUUAUACAAGAGAAAAUAAUAUUUUUAUUUUUUUACUAUUCAGAAUCAUUAAGUUUCGACUGUACCUUCGGCAAAUUAACAUAGAAAUUUCGUAGUAAGCUUAAAAAUAUGCAAUUUCGUUUCUACGUAUACCGUGAUCUAUUAAAAAGCCGUUUUCCGCAAAUACCAAUUGAUAGAAACUUUUAGUUUCAAGUGACGAAUUAUGGGUAUGCCAGAAGUCAAAAACCUAGAAAGCGUGGCCGUCACGGGGGAACAUUGAAAAUACUAAUUUGUACGACAACCGUACGGUUAGUAGAUCGCAAACGAUCGGGAGUGUUUAUCCGCAUUCCUUAAUAAAAAGAACACGCACUGGCGAGUUGCUUAAAAUCAAUUAUUGUGAAAGACGUACGUUUACUCAAAUUUGAGGGCUAGCGAUGAUUUAAAACUCUUGAUUUUCGUUCCGAAAAUAAUUAUUCACAAACACAUUUUUCUAAACGUAUAAGACAUGAUUUUUGCCAAUUUGUAAAUGUGACGUAACGAGUAUCUAUAGAGAAUCGACACUGUUAAAAUACUCAACGUAAUUAAUUUUUUUCGACAACAAAUUACACAUACACUUUCAAUUGUACAGAAUUAACAGUACGUUUGUCUUUUAGAAUUUCUUUUGACCUAAUCUUUAUAGUGUUUUUAAUCGGUGGGCAUUAGAGUAAUUUAACGUUUUAGGUAGAUAUACACAAUACUAGGUAUAUUUUAAUUGAACGAUUUUUUUUUUCCUUUUAAAUCGUUUAUUUAGUUACAGACGGCACGAUGAACUCUCGUAAAAAGUUACACGUUGAUAAAUGAAUAAUAUUGUGUACGCAUAUGUAUACGUAUAAAGUUUUUUUCAUUAUUAGAUAAGAGAUUGAUGUUUGUUUAUGGAAAUAUUAUUAUUAAACUAUUGUUGAAGUCACGAGUCACGUCCACAGAAAUAUCAUUAACAAUACGCCGACGUAUUAUUGUAUAUAUUAUCGAAAUUCGAUCGAAUCUAUUAUUUAUAACUACCUAGUUAUUUUUAAAAUUCUAUGUAAUUAUCGAUAAAACAUAACAUCACUUGAUAAUAUUUUAAUGUGUUCACUAUUAUUGUCUGCUGCCUGUGACCAUGUAGCACAUUAUGACUUCAGAAAUAAGUAACGCGGGUUAGCCAAUCGUCUUGUAAAACUUAAAAGCGGCGGCCGAAAAUGAUCAGAAACGUAUAUUCUACACGUCUGCACCGCCAGUUAAAUACACCGUAGACAAAAUAUCGCGUCUUCGUGUAUUGCGUAAACACGUUGGCGAAGUGGCGUUCGGAAAACACGCCAGCGAAUUAUUGACAGCCGAACACUUUUCGUAUGUUAUGUACACCGAAAACACAUAAUUUUCAGUUUUAACCAUUGAAAUUAUUUUACGCCUACGCUAAAAAUUAAAAGCCCUUUUUGAUAGUGCGACAGUGAAUGAUAGUGUGUAUUUGAAUAUCGAUCGUUCUGUGUAAUGUACAAUCUUACGUCUUACAAACGCACGGCAUGGCAAAUUUACGUUCGGUAGGGCAAAUUUUCGGGCUGUUGGUUUUACUAUUGGAAUGAAUUGACCUAUAAACGAAUUUAAAGGUAAUGUUUAUGCAUUAUCUAUGCAAAAUCUAUGCUACUAAUUUAUCGAUAUUUUAAUUUUCAAAAGGGAUAUACACUCCUUUAUUGUUAUUAGAUUAUGAAAUUUCCCAUACUCGUGUCGCUCUUUGAGAAAAACAGCACAGAUACUUUUCUUAGCUACGCAAUCGAAAAACGGGCCAAUACACCGUAAUGAGACGGUACCGAGUGCGCGAUGUUGCGCCCGGCGAACGCAAAUUUGUUGUGUCGUACGUUUGUUAGACGGAGACCACACGGGUGGUGCGGACAUCGCGUCCUCGCAAGUCGGCAAUCGUCGAGAACCCCGGGAUCACGCCUCAACCCCCCUGGCCGGGGUAGUUGCGCCACUGAACGUUAUCAGCGUUAUCCGCAAACUCCGUAGUAAAUCGACAAACGGACCUCUCCGCGCGGUGACGACGGACCUAUUUUCUCGGUAACCGCGCCGCGCCGUACCAGGACCAGGAACGUUUGGGCCACUAAUAAAACUGCGACCCGUUUUGUCCAGGAUUUCGCAAACCGGUCCGGCCCAAUACUGUUAAACAUCCAUAAACGUUCAGUCGAACCACGAAAACUAGUUUUAAAAUUAAGCAAUAAGUAAAUUAUAUUUAGGUUUACGGCUGUUCCUUUUUUUUUUUUUACCCGAGUCGGUUUUAGAACACGCCGAAAAUCCAGCCAUGUUCAAUACGCACCAAUGAACACACUACCGUCACACGAAGGCUCGCAAAAACAAACGGUCGGUCAAAGUGAUUUUGAAAGACGAUUCCGGUCCAAACGGGCUGUAUUAACGUAGCGUCUCUCGGCCCGAACGGGUCCCGCCCCCCGAAAAACGCACGUCGGACGACGUUUGACGACAAUGACGGCGGGCAGCUGUCGGCUGUGCGAGCGGCGCGCAAUACCAUUGCGUACACGCCGCGCGACAGAGCCGUACGCUCGUCGGGCAAUCGAUGUCGGCUGCGGCGUUGUGCCGGCGGUAAAGUCGUCCGCGACCCGCGAAAGUUUCACGCGAAACGAUAACAUUUACAACGUUCGGGGGGAAGGGGGGGAGGGGGAGGGGGGUUCGAAGUUUCUCGGCCGGCAGCCGCCGCGCGAAUAUUGUCGCGUUACGUGCGUACGCGCGUCGGACGCGGGCGCGCGCGCGUUUACGCGUACGCACGCGUACCGCGCGCGCGGCCCCGGCAGCUGGCAGCGGUUACGUGACUCGGCGUGCGGACGAGCCGGGGCACGUGCCGCGUCUUGUGCAUUGCGUUCUGGGUCAUCCGCGAUAUUGUCGGACGCACGCAUGCACGCACGCACGCACGCCGCCCGGUAUCGUCGCCGCCGUCGGUCCGGCACGCGGUGUCGCUCGUAGCGUUCUCGACGCGAGUGCCAUGGCCCGCCGACAGCACGCUCGGCGCUGUUGUUGUUGCGGUGCCAGCGCUCGAACACGGACGGCAGGGAACGGGGCGGGGGGGGGCGAGAGGGGAAACCCGCGCCCCGGCUGAUUUUUCCGAAACGUCGACGUGCGAUUCCUCUACGCCGCCUUUUUUUUCUUCUUGGAGAAUGCGUUUUCGUUUUCGGCGAUUUUACCGUGUCGUCCCGAAAGAGCCGCGGUGCACACGCGGUACAGGCGCGGUGGCGUAUUGUUCGGGAUUUCGACCACGUGUGUGGUUUUUAUUUGUUCGAUUCGGGCACCGACCAACUAACACACUAUACCCGUAUAACCGGAUGUCCGACGAAAAUAUGCGUGAUUUGUGUUCGACACCCGGGGAUACCUUGGAAAAUGCCGAGUAGAGUAGUCAUUUUUUUUUUUCUGUCUUAUCAAAGGUCUUUUAUGCUCGUCGUCGCUCACGCCUAUGUCUGGCCACGCGUCUCUAAUUAAUGUCGACCUUUGGGAGAGGGUUGGAAAGGGAUUGAGAUUCUUGAUUCCUUGGACCUUCGUGUCCUCCAUAACUCAAUCGUUCCGUCGUUGUUUUGGCCGAUUUAUUUAAAUGUACACGAUAUGUACGCGUGUACCCGUAUAUUUUAAUAAACCUAUUCACUUUUGUAUGGGUCAAACUACGGUUGUAUAUUCAAUUCAGAAAAUAUAUGGUAGUAGAACGUAAUAAUAAGUGUAUAUUAAAACAGCAAAGGUUACUAAAAACAACGAUUGAAUGGGAUGUUGAUGGAUGCGAGGGAAGGGGAAGACCAAGGAUAGAACAUACGACCCGAAUCGCGAAGGAUAUUAAUGCGGAUGAAUACAAGGAUCUAAAUGUAUUAAUAAGCUACGGCGGGGAGUUAAUAAUAAACAAACAAUGUAUAUCGUACAUUUACAAUUUACAUAAUUUCCGAGAAAAAAUCGGUGUUUUUUUUUUUUAAUCUUAAAAAGUUAUUAAUUAAUUAAUUAAACGAAACAUAAAUAAAAUAAAUAUUAAACUCGUGAUUUUUGUUAGUUAUAAAAAAUAUUACACUUUGUAUGUUACAUAGAAAUUUCAAAACGAGUCUCGUCUAUUAAUCUACCCGUAUGCUUUAUUAUUAGGUAAGUACCUGGCGCAUAAAUUAGUGUACGUUUUUUCUACCAACAGACUCUUAAGUUGUAGGUGUAUAAAUACCUUUCAAACUAUUAACUAUACUGUAAGAAGUCGUCUACAGGCACAUGCGAUUAGCGUGGCCAUUUUUUCGACAGUUAUAUAAAUUAUCUAAUGGGAGGAACUGUUUGGAAGAAGAAAAACAGAAAAAAAAAAUUGACCUCGCGUCGAUAAUAAAUGUUUACGAAAGUGUAAUGUUUGGUUUGGAGAUCACGUGUCCUCACGGGUAUACCGUGACCGUAUCUGUGAUGGUUAAUUAUUAUCCAUUAGUAACGUGAUCUUCAUCGGCCGCGUGUGACGUUUAGAAAGUACCUAACCAGGGUACUUAAGCUAAAACUAUACGGAUUACAUCUCUUCAACAGAAAAAAAAAUAAAAAUAAAAAUAAUAAUAAAAAAUGUAUACCUAUAUAAAUGCCCGGUGAUUAAUUUACGAUAAAUACGCGUGCCACGUGAUGGAACCUACCAAUUUAAUCGAUAAACGAAACAGGACUACCGUAGUCAAAAACUAUUUUUACGAAACGAAAAAAGUAUAUGGCUUACACUAUACUCGAAAACUGUAAAUUUGGUCUUGAUACAAUGUCUUAAGACAAUAUUUAUGGGUUUUGUAAGUUUCGGAUGCAUAGUGAAAAAUCUAUUUGCUGUGUUUUUUUUUCCUUCAAAACGCGUGUCUUCGGUUGGUAAAAAUGGUUACAAAUAUUUAUACCGUACGUCAAAAGAUACGGAUUUUUCAAACGUCGGUACUUUAUAAUCGAAACAUUUUUCUGGCUUUCUAAAUGUCCUUUCAAAGAUAUAUACAACUCGAAAAUAUCAAACAGACAUUUGAUGUCCCAAUAAAAAAAUCUCCAUAACGUGUUGAACACUCUACCACGUCUAGAAAAUGCCAAUAUGAGUAUUAUUUGAAAAUGUCAACUCUCUGCGAAUAUUUUUAACCGAAUUAGAAAAAAAAUAAUAUGCAUACAUAUAAUGAAACCGUUAUUUCGGUAAACUUUCCGGUUUUUUCAAUAAUUAAGAGAACUGCGAGGAAAUUCACCUGCCAUUGCACUAUUAUAAUACAAUACUACAAUUCUGCUCCAACCCCACAAAGAAGCCCUCCGGUCGGUUUCUGAUUCGUGAAAGAUUUCCGGUAGAAAAGUAUAAAAUAGUAGGUACACGAAAAAAUAAAAAUGUUGCAUACACUAUGGUGUAAACCAAUACGUUAUUCUCUGCGUUCAGAAUCUAAAAUUCCAACGAAUUACGGUGCACUGAUUUCGGACGACAAAAUCUAUAGUACGUAGAGAUCUGAAAUUUACAGCUAAGGCGAUCCAAUAAGAGAGGGAUCAGAAAAUAUAAUAAUAUCUCCAAUGCGGCGUUUUUUUAUUGCCCUGUGAAAAAUACUUAAGUAUUGGAAGUUUAUUUUUGUUUUCUGGGUUCCCUAUUGGUUAGAUGAAAAACUGACAUAAAUCAUCGUAUAGACCUUUCCUAUCAACUUAUUCCCGCCUACCGUAGGCGGUCUACAACAGUACAGGCCUACCCAAAGGUUCGAACGCGUCUGACGUUUCUGAUAUUCUCGAUAUUAUACAUUUUAUACUAAGUGCGUUGAAUGACGUCAAACAUUAUUAGUUUGAACCGUUAUUUCAGUCAUAACUACUGUAAUUCAACAGAAUCACUACUCACAGGAUUCACGCACGGUAUAAAAAAAAAAAAAAAAACCUAAACAAAAAAAAACAUAGUAUAUUAUAUUAUUUCUAUGAAAUUUUUGAAGUGCUAAAAAAGUAAAAACCGAACACUAAAUUAUGAUUAAUAACGUUUUUAAAAAAAAAAAAAAAACCACUAAUAUAAUAAACAGACUAUACAUGUAUUCUAAGGCGUUCAUCUAUCAUGUUUUGUUCACUAUACUGCGCAUGUAGUGUAAGAUAGAGUGGUAAGACGUACCUAUUAUUACUAAGCAUAAACAUGCAUGUUAUUAAUGAGUAUCCAUAACGACUAAUCGUUGUAAAAAAAAAAAAAAAAAAACAACACAUUUUUAGAAUUUUCAAAAAAUCUACGUAUAUUUCGAUUGAAAUUUAUGUACCAUUUUAGAAGCUUAACAUUUUGAUUUAUAAUUCUAUUUUUUUUUUUUUUUUUUUAGAAUAGUCGGUGUGUGUCUUGUCCAAAACUUUUAACGAAUUAUAUUUUCGUCCUGUGUAUACUCACUACUACUCUAGUUUACCAUUUAGCGUGUCCCCAGUGCCGGCUAAUGAGCCUUGUACUUAUUCAGGCAAAUAUAAGACAUGGUAAAUCAAUACACACAUACACGUGCACAAACCGACAAUUAAAUACUGCAAGGAAUAUAAAACGAGAAGCUAUUAUUAUUAGUUGGAUUUUAAGCGUCGGGUAAUUAUUUGGAAUGUUCUGACAUUGUUGGACACGGGGUUGUAUAGAUAUUGUUCCGAAACCGAUCAGUAUUGCGUUUUGAACGGAAUUUUGUUCAAGAUUUUGAAACGCGGCGUUAAUCAUAAACCAAGUAUGUUUAUUGCGAUGACAGAAUUGACGACAAAGCCAAUAUGGUCCCGCGUGCGUAUUAGAAUGUUUAGCGUCGUAGACAAAACGAAUCUAUAAUAUUAAUCCGCAUUUUCAACGCUCAGUAAAUAUAAAACCGUUUACGUGGAAAAUAAAUGUGCACGUGUGAUUAUUGUUAUUAUUCACCGUAUUCGCGGUUUUCAGUGUUUUUCUUAUCUACAAUAAGUUCGUAAUACGUUUACAAAUUUUGAUACGACAAUGAAAUAAACUAAAACCAUACAAAACCCACAGUAAAUGUAAUACAUUUAAACAUUGUGCGUUAUCGUCUUGACAAACAAUAUCCGUGGCUAGCGCUAAAACACGUGCGUAAGUGAACACGGAUAAUUUAUUAAAAUGUAUACCGUACACGAGUGCCUACGCAAUUUUCGUUUACGUGUACACGGACUGCGGCUCCGUGUACGUAACUACCGAUUCGGAUUUUCAAUAGAGACCGCUAGUAAGUAAGCUAUACAGAAAUUCUACAACGCGGACGUUGGGAAAAUAUGUAUUUGCUUCUAGCUCGGCGGGGAAAUUUGCUUUUCGAUAAAUUCUCAGAAAAAAGCGCGGACACGCGAUUUUUUUUAUUUCAGCAACACAAUACAGGUACAGUCCGAACAUUGUAUACAAUUUCGGUAUUUGAUUAUAUUAGAUACGGCAUUGAUAUUAAAGGUUCACGAUAUCCACUUACUUUGAAUUAACUUUUAACAAUUAGUUACAAAAAUAUAAUUCGAAAUGUUCAAAAAAUACAAUUAUACCGUUCUAGUAAAAUUUCAAUUUCAAUAUUUUAAUUUCAUAUAGCUCUAGAGGCUGUCCCGAUUGAAUAAGUACCUAAACCGAAGUGACUUCCCUAUUAUACUCGUGGACUAUAUUUUCAAUAGACGUUGUACAAUUUGUGUGUAUUUUUUUUUUUUUAAUUGAAAAAUAAUAAAUCGAAUGGUCACACAAAUGGUUGACAAAUGGUCCUACUUGCGUAAAUUCGUUUUCAAAGUAAUAUUACGCAACGUUGUAAUAAUAUUAUAAAUGCCUACUAAGUUUACGUAUUGUCGAAACAAAAACAUAAACAAUUGCUUCGAUAUUUAGUCGAAAUGUAUUUAAUUGUACCACAAGUUUUACCAUUAUGUGUAUAUUAUGUACAAUAUCGUAUACUUACGAAUAAAUAACGUUUAAUAAUAUUCAACACGUUAACCUUGGGAAAAUUGUACGUUAAAAAUAUUUAAAAAUAAAUCUGCGUUACAUUUGCAAACAUUUACAUAAUAUACUAUUAAGACGAGGUAUGUGUAAAAUGCGUUAAAGAAUAAUAAUACAAUGUUUGCUCCAAGUAAAAAUUAAUAAAUUAAUUAUUCUUGUUUGUGGAAAUGAAUAUCACAAAUGUAGGGUAGCAGUAUGUAAUAUACUUUUACUGUUAACUGUAGAUCUGUAACUAAUGAUUUUUUUUUUAGUUUCUUGUAAACCAUAAGGGUUCCCAAAAAAAAGCUCAAAAUAUAUAACAACGGACUCAGUUUUGCAACUUUCUUUUUUUGAUAUUUUAAACCUCUAACAGUUUAUUUUCCCCUCCCCCUUCUUUUAGGUUCUCUCUCUUUAAAAUCAUUCACACAGGCACUCAAUAAAUAGUUGUUCUAUGCAGCAGUCUAGACGAAUAAGUUUUGGUUGAGGACGAAUACAAUUAAUUAACUAGAAUGUCUUACAAUUUUCGAGCAUGUAAAAAAUGUUCGAGCCGCGUAAAAUUACAUCGCAUUGUGGAAUAUCAUUUAAAUUAAAAUAAAACAUUUAAGUCAAUUAAAUAUGAAGAAAAUUUAGGAUUUAUCGCAUUUUAGUGGGUUUUUCAGUGCUUUAAACGCACAACCCUUAUGUUACCUAUGUGUGUUUAGUUUUUUUCCGUGUACUUAUCAAUAUUUGUUUUUAUAGGAAACCGUUGACAGAAGAUGGCCAUUCCCCGUCGGUGAACGCCAGGUCAGUGUGUUUUUGUAUACACAAGUAUUAUGUACCUAAUAUAGUUUACUCGCGGUCAAGUUUUUUCGGAACAAACGGGCAGACACUAUGAGCUAAUACUCUAGGUGUUUCCGUAAUAUUUUUUUAUAGGCGUACCUAUCUAUGCCUGUCUAUACGGUAUAGUUUCCCCGGCGUAUACGAAUCAAUUAUUAUCAGGAGGCACCGAAAAUGUCCGGUUUGACUGCUAAAAUUUAUUGCCCACUAACUAAUAACGUGUACAAGAACAUUAAUACAAAUAUUCGUUUAAUUUCGUGUAUAUUACUUGUAUUAUAUAUUAUACGUACCUAUAUACCGUCUCGUAUUUAUAAUAGUGUGUGUGUGUAUAUAUAUAUACGGUUUAUACACGACGGCUGACCGUAUAUUACUGGUUUUUCGUGAGGAUUAUCCGUAGCCGUUUGCAGCCGUAGACUUUGGAGGUUAACGCAAUAAGCAACGAGAAACGCCUACGACCAGAGAGAUGAUAAUAAUUAAUUAUUAUCAAGAAAACAACAAAUACAACACCCGGUCAACGGACUCUGCGGCGCUUACAGAAAACAUAAUGUAUGAAUCAUUUAACAGCACGAGCGCUAAAAACUAUUCCGUGUUUAUUAAAAGCUCGGCCGUACUUCAUAGGUAGGCAGGUAUAGCAAUGCAAGGAGUAAUUUACGUCCCGGUAACGUUAUUUCGAAUAAAUCGCCGCAGCGUUUCUCGUAAUAUUAAAUUAUUAUUAUUUUUUUUUUUUUAUUUAUUUUAAUCUUGAGCGCACCGAAGAAUGUGUUGGUUUUUUUUUUUUUUUUCAUCAGAAAUUUUGCUCUAAUCUAA